GCGGCGCGCGUGCGUGCGGCGUCUGCGAGGCGGCGGCGGGGCAGCGGGACCAGGAACCGCUCCAGCCGCGGCUGGGAGGGGACGGGGAGACGCCCGGUGUUGCGUGUCGGUCCUAUGGGGCCUUGAGGAUACAGCCCCGGUGAGAACGGACGUUUGUGCUGGGGCGCAGAGCCGGUGGGAGGAUGGAGGGUCAGGCGCCUCCGGGCGCUGGCGGCGGCGAGGAGCCCGUGGGUUCUCGCAGGAUGAACCCGAAGCGGAGUGUGCGCGCCGCGGAAGAGGAGAGCAGGAACAAGCCCAAGCUGAAUAUUCAAAUAAAAACUUUGGCAGAUGAUGUGCGUGACAGAAUAACAACCUUCAGAAAAACAGUGAAAAAAGAGAAGCCUCUCAUUCAGCAUCCUAUUGACUCUCAACCUUCUAUAAGUGAAAUCCCACUUGCCCAGGCACUUGUUGAUGAGCGUUGCAUGAACUUAUCAGAAAAAGAAGUUAUGGAUCUCUUUGAAAAAAUGAUGGAAGAUAUGAAUCUAAAUGAAGAACGUAAAGCUCCUUUAAGAGAUAAAGACUUGACCACAAAACGUGAGAUGGUUGUCCAAUACAUUUCUGCAACUGCCAAAUCUAUAGUCGGAAGUAAAGUUCCGGGUGGACUGAAAAACAGCAAGCAUGAAUGCACACUGUCCUCACAAGAAUAUAUUCACGAAUUGCGAUCUGGAAUUUCAGAGGAAAAGCUGCUUAAUUGUCUUGAGUCUUUGAGAGUAUCUCUAACCAGCAAUCCAGUCAGCUGGGUUAACAAUUUUGGACAUGAAGGUCUUGGACUUCUGUUGGAUGUCUUGGAAAAGCUUCUGGACAAGAAACAGCAAGAAAAUAUUGAUAAGAAGAACCAACAUAAACUUAUCCAGUGCCUCAAAGCAUUUAUGAACAAUAAAUACGGAUUGCAAAGGAUUCUAGGAGAUGAAAGAAGUCUCUUGCUGUUAUCAAGAGCAAUCGAUCCAAAGCAACCACACAUGAUGACCGAAACAGUGAAAAUACUUUCUGCUAUCUGCAUUGUUGGAGAGGAAAAUAUUCUGGACAAGCUUUUAGGUGCUAUAACCACUGCUGCUGAAAGGCACAACAGGGAACGUUUUUCUCAGAUUGUUGAAGGACUGGAAAACCAUGAAUUCUUACAAUUGCAGGUAGCAUGUAUGCAGCUCAUCAAUGCCCUUGUUACAUCUCCGGAAGAUCUUGAUUUCAGGAUACACUUGAGAAACGAGUUCUUACGUUGUGGCCUGAAGAAAAUAUUACCUGGCUUGAAAGAUAAGGAGAAUGAAGAGCUUGAUAUUCAGCUGAAAGUGUUUGAUGAAAACAAAGAAGAAGACUUAAUUGAACUGUCACAUCGUCUUAAUGAUAUCAGAGCUGAAAUGGAUGAUGUGCAUGAAGUAUUUCAUCUGCUGUAUAAUAUGUUGAAAGAUACUUCUUCUGAAAAUUACUUUUUGUCAAUUCUCCAACAUUUCCUUCUCAUCAGGAAUGAUUACUAUGUCCGACCUCAGUAUUACAAGAUAAUAGAAGAAUGUGUAUCACAGAUAGUAUUGCACUGCAGUGGCAUGGACCCAGAUUUUAAAUGUAGAGGAAGAAUGGAUGUGGAUUUUACUCAUCUUGUUGAUGCUUGUGUGGACAAAGCUAAAGUAGAAGAGAGUGAAAAGAAAGCAGCAGAGUUUUCCAGAAAGUUUGAUGAAGAGUUCACAGCUCGACAAGAGGCACAAGCAGAGCUUCAGAAACGAGAAGAGAAAAUCAAAGAACUCGAAACAGAAAUCAAACAGCUACGAACCCAGGGUCCAGUCCUGACAGGUCAACUGACAGAAGUAGCACCAUUACCUUCAACCCUACCAAGUGAGAAUGUGCCACCAGCACCACCGCUACCUGGUGGAGCAAUACCUCCACCGCCUCCACUACCUGGUGGAGCAAUACCUCCACCGCCUCCGCUACCUGGUGGAGCAGCACCUCCUCCGCCACCACCUCCACUGCCUGGUGGAGCAAUACCUCCUCCUCCUCCGCCACCACCUCCACUACCUGGUGGAGCAAUACCUCCUCCUCCGCCUCUGCCUGGUGCAGCAGCACCACCUCCUCCUCCUCUACCACCUCCGCUGCCUGGUGGAGCAGUACCACCACCACCUCCUCCUCUACCUGGUGGAGCAAUACCUCCUCCACCACCUCCUCUACCUGGUGGAGCAAUACCUCCUCCACCACCUCCACUACCUGGUGGAGCAGUACCUCCUCCCCCACCACCACCUUUUGGUGGGCCCCCAAUGCCACCACCUCUUGGAGGUAUUCCUUUUGCUCCCUUUCCGGUGAUACCAGCGUUACCACAUGGGAUGAAGGAGAAGAAAAAGUAUAAACUGGAAGUUGCAAUGAAGAGAAUUAACUGGUCAAAGAUUGAGCCUCAAGAGAUAGCAGAAAACAGCUUUUGGGUAAAAGCUGAAGAAGAUAAAUUUGAAAACCCAGAACUGUUUGCAAAGUUGGCACUUACCUUUGGAACACAAAUGAAAGCUAAGAAGGCAGUAGAAGAAUCAGAAGAAAAGAAAACAGUUCAGCCAAAGAAGAAGGUUAAAGAAUUAAGAAUUUUGGAUGGAAAAACAGCACAAAACUUAUCAAUAUUUUUGGGUUCUUUCCGCUUGCCUUAUGAAGAAAUUAAAAAUAUAAUUUUAGAAGUUGAUGAAGAGAAGCUGAGUGAAUCUUUGAUUCAGAACCUAGUGAAGAACCUUCCUGAGCAGAAAGAACUCAAUGCCUUAGCUGAAUUAAAGGAUGAAUAUAACGAUCUUCCUGAGCCAGAACAAUUUGGAGUUGUGAUGAGUUCAGUGAAAAUGUUGCGGUCACGUCUCAACGGGAUCCUUUUCAGGCUUAUGUUUGAAGAGCAUGUAAACAAUAUCAAACCUGACAUUAUGGCGGUUACACUGGCUUGUGAAGAGCUGAAGAAGAGUGAAAGCUUUAGUAAGCUUUUAGAGCUAGUGCUGUUCCUUGGAAACUACAUGAACUCUGGCUCCAGAAACGCACAGUCUCUUGGUUUUAACAUCAGUUUUCUUUGCAAGAUUCGAGAUACUAAAUCAUCAGACCAGAAAACAACCUUAUUGCAUUUUCUGGCGGAAAUUUGUGAGGAGAAUUACCGGGAUAUCUUAAAAUUUCCAGAUGAAUUGCAGCACGUUGAGAGUGCAAGUAAAGUUUCAGCCCAGACUCUGAAGAGCAACCUCGAUUCAAUGAACCAGCAAAUCCAGCGCCUAGAAAAUGACAUCAAGAAUUUCCCUAAAACACAGGAUGAACAUGAUAAGUUUGUAGAAAAGAUGAGCAGCUUUGCUGAGAGUGCCCGAGAGCAAUAUGAAAAAUUGUCCAACAUGCACAACAACAUGACAAAAUUGUAUGAAAAUUUGGGAGAAUACUUCACCUUUGAUCCCAAAGUAACAAGCAUAGAAGAAUUCUUUGGUGAUCUGAGCAACUUCAGAACUCUAUUUUUGGAGGCACUGAAAGAAAACAACAAAAGAAGAGAAAUGGAGGAGAAAACAAAGAGAGCCAAAUUGGCAAAAGAAAAGGCUGAACGAGAGAAACUGGAGAGACAGAAGAAGAAGCAGCAGUUGAUUGAUAUGAACAAAGAAGGUGAUGAGACAGGAGUGAUGGAUAGUCUGCUUGAGGCCUUACAGUCAGGAGCAGCGUUCAGAGAUCGCAGGAAACGAACACCAAGGCCACAAGAACUGAAAGAAGUCCUCGAUCAAAAUGGUUUUUCCAUAUCUUGAGAAAUAUCAAUGUGAGGGAUGGUCUCUUUGUGUUGUGGCUUGAGGAGAGAUUUGUCACUCAGUGGUGGCAAAGAAAAGCUUCCCAGGGACCAGAGAAGAUUGUGCACAAUCUGCUGCAAGCCGAAGUGACUGAACCCGGGUCCAAAACCCAGUGACUCCCCUGCAACAACAGGGGCAAAGCUAAUUCACAAUCUCUUUUGUUUCUCUUUUGUUUCAGACACUCACUUUCUUUGUGUUUGAAAUGUUGUUGUGUCAGUUGUUAUUCUAGUGGGGUCUGGCUGUUACAUUUGAGGAGCUGCUUGACUUAGGGGAACUUACUGUGAGAAAAGGUCUAGAUGAUCCAUUUCCAAGCUCUGGGCAACUCGAAAUUUUCUCAGAAAUAAGUAUUAUGUAGUUUCAGAGAAUAGCUAAAAAUUUUGACAGGAGGCAAUAAAUAUUAGUCUCAGUCAAGUAUCUGGUACAAACUAUGUAAGUUUUCUCAUGUGAUUUAGGAACAUAUAAUACAUGACAUACAGACAGUAACUUGUCUGCUAACCAGAAGAUACUUAAAAAUAUGGCUCUGACAUCUCUAAGCAGUGAACUAUAGUAUUAAAAAGCAGGGAUCAUGUUUACAAGCUUCCAUAUCUCUCCUUAAAAAAAUGAAGAGACAAUGACAGGUGUCUCAUUGGUACCAUCAACAGACUGAGUGUUCCAGAGAGUUUCAUCCGGUGAGAUUUUUGUCAACAGUUAACUCCAUGCCUCCUAUGCUUCAGUGGAAGAAAGAAAAAGUAAAUAUAAGUGUGGGGAGAAGAGGCUGGGGCAUUUCUGGGCUAGCUGGGUCAUUUGCUUGUGAUUGGCAAACAUACAGGAAAUGGUAUAGCAUGGUCUAUACAUGGUUCCCAGUGUAGGUGUUUUCUGUACAUUAUUAGUAACUUGCUGCACUCUCUGUAAUCAGCACAUAUUCUUAACAUAUAGAAAACUAUAGUUGCUGCCUUUUUCAAAGUUAGACUUGUAGAGCAAAGUUUUGAGCUUGAACUUGUCUUGGUAGCUGUCAUGGCCUGAGAAGAAAAAUAGAUGUUUUCUGCCUGUUUAGACACAGAUUUCACUUUUGUGUGUCAUACAUGGCUUUCUCACUCCCAGUAUCAGUAGUUAAAAUCUAGUGAGGAGAAAAAACAACUUCUGCUUGCUUAGUUUUUGCAGUUUUAUUAAUUACUUGUUAUGUAUUAAUUACUUGGUAGCCCCUACAAAAAGCGUAAAAACAAAGCAAACUAAAAAAAAACUGCAAACAAGAAAACACCCCCAAAAAACAUUCAGCAAUACAGCAAAUUCACUUGUGUAGAUUUUCAUGUAAGCUCUAGAUAUGUCUUGUUGCAAACUUGCUUGUUCUGUUUACAUCUACUCAGGUUGAAAAUGAAAACUAUAGAAGGUUACAACCUUCUCAAUGGUUGCAACCAGUGGACCAUGAAAAUCUGGCUUUUGUUGUAUUUUCUUCCAGAGGUUUCACAGAGUUAAUUUAACUUAAAUGAGCAAACUGUAGCUUUACUGCUAGUGGCAUUCUUGAUCAGUUUGACUUAAAAGUAAAAAUGAACAAACACAACAAAAAACAACAUUCCAAAAGAAAACCCUCUGCACUGGCAUGGUUUACUGCUACCUUUAGGUGAGUAGGUUGGACGUAGGGGGUGAUCGUUUCAGUUGAAUAACGGAUCUCCAAUUACUACAGGCCUACAGCUCCCCUAGAAGAGUGUCAUUCUACCAAAGAUACCUGUUUGAUUAGCCUUUUUUACUGAUGUCACUGGUGUACCUUGUAGCAUAUAUUUGUGCUCACAUGGUCAUGUCUUUAAAAUAUUGAAAAGAAUAAGGGUCAGACUGAGUGGGUAAGAGAUGGAGAUAGUAAAGGAAUGGGGCUCUGUCUAUAAUGGCAGCCUUGUGCAGGGGGAGCUACUCCAUAUCGCAGUUUUCCUACUGGGCAAAAAAAAAUUUGGUGAAAUAUACAGACAGGUUUAGAAAAGUAAAACUCUUUUAAAAUAUGUUUAACUGCAUUGUUUUUGUUUGUUUACUAAGCCUGUAAAUGAAAUGCUACAGUUGAAUUGGUUGCAUUGUAACUAUGGGCUUUUCCAGUAAAAAUCUUUUUGUUAUCAAGUCACGGAAGUAAUAAUAAAAAAUUCCUGUCCUCCUCCUCCUCCUCCAGUUUUUCAUUUCAUUGUACUUGCAUGUGUUCUUUGUUAUGUAGGCUUUUCAAUGUGAAAGAAAGUUUCUGCAUGGUUUCUCUCUCCUAAGAUUAUUUCUGUAUUUUUAUUGUUUCUAGGUACUGAAUUUUAUGUAUAAAGAAGCUGUAAAAUAAUAAUUAGAAAUCAGUGUCCAGAAAUGUUACUUCCUCUUCCAAAAAUAUACUUGCUUUUUGCAAGUUUGCUAAUAUUGAAAUGAGAGUAUAAUAGAGAACAGUAUUAGCUGGCAUUCAUCACAGGAUACAUGUUUAAAAUGAGUGUCCAGCACUACUAUUACACCAAUUAUUCCUGACCUUUUUUCUGGCCUUGGGCUAUGAUAUUAUUAAAGAAGACUGAUUCAGGAAUAUUUUCUCUCUAAUAUUAGUUUAAGUGAAUUUCUGCACAGAGCUAACGAUUCUGUUAGGGUUCUUUCUGUUAAGCUGCUAAAUUUUUUACUGUGGAAUUUAAGUUUAAUUUUUUCAGAAGUGUUAAUAACUAAUGCCCUCUCAUAUAUCCAAACUUUUGCAGCAGUGAUAAUAUGUGCUAAUUAGUUCUUGUAGUCUUUCACUACUGGGAAACCAUAGCUAUAAGGAACAUGCAUGCAGGUUCUUUCUGCUUUAGAUUUCAGUGUACAGUACAUUUAUCAACUAUUUCAUGUGGUCUGUUAGUACACAGGUUUACGGUUAUUUUUCAAUCCACAAAUCCAAAUCUAAUCAGCUGAGUCCGAUGUAUAGUACGCACAAUUUAGGAACUUCUGAAUUUGAUGUUAUUGAGAGUUGCUACGCUGUCAUUACUAUCUCCAUAUUAGCAGAACACCUGGAGAGUGAAGGAGAAGGAAUGAACCUCCUGUGUUCACUUUCCACAUCUUAUCUGAAUCCUUUAUGCAAGGCAUCCGAAGCACUGACACCACUUGUUUAACUCUUAGAAGACAAAAAAAGAUCCAAGGCAAUGAAAUGUUACUACUUUUAAAUGAGUUUUUAUAUUUUUUCACAUGGUGUCCAGAUGCUUCCUUUAAAAUAUGCUUUCUAGAAAAAUAAAUAAAAGUAGGAGCAUACUUUACAUUAAAGUUCAUCAGAAUUCUAAUAACAUCUGAGUAGGAACAACCCCAAGUUCCAGUAUAAGUUGGGGAAUGACCUAUUAGAGAGCAGCGUAGGGGAAAGGGACCUGGGGGUCCUGGGGACAGCAGGGUGACCAUGAGCCAGCACUGGGCCAUUGUGGCCAGGAAGGCCAGUGGUACCUGGAGUGGGUUAGAAGGGGGUGGUCAGUAGGUCGAGAGAGGUGGUUCUUCCCCUCUACUCUGCCCUGGUGAGACCACAUCUGGAAUAUUGUGUCCAGUUCUGGGCCCCUCAGUUCCAGAAGGACAGGGAGCUGCUGGAGAGUCCAGCUCAGGGCAACAAGAUGAUGGAGUGGAGCAUCUCCCUUACGAAAAAAGGCCGAGGGAGCUGGGGCUCUUUAGUUUGGGGGAGACUGAGGAGUGACCUCAUUAAUGUUUACAAAUAUAUAAAGGGUGUGAGUGUCAGGAGGAUGGAGCCAGGCUCUUCUCGGUGACAACCAAUGAGAGGACAAGGAGUAACGGUUGCAAACUGGAUCACAAGAGGUUGCACUUAAAUUUGAGAAGAAACUUCUUCUCAGUGGGGGUGACAGACACUGGCCCAGGCUGCCCAGGGGGGUUGUGGAGUCUCCUUCUCUGCAAACAUUCAAACCCGCCUGGACACCUUCCUGUGUAACCUCAUCUAAGGGUUCCUGCUCCACCAGGGGGAUUGGACCAGAUGAUCUUUUGAGGUCCCUUCCAAUCCCUGACAUUCUGUGAUUCUGUGAAAAAGGUUAUAGUGUUAGGAAUUUUGUGUCUUCUGCUUAAAGACAUAGCUACGCUUAAAGAAAGACUUCUAUAUUUACCUUUGCAUUGAUUAUCCUAAAUAAAUUAUCGAGAGUUAGUUAGGUUUCUGGGUGCUCGAUCUGUGUUGACCUAAAACACAUUCAAAUAAAAAUCUUCAGUCUAAGUAUAUCCGCCUUACUGAAGGCAUUGUGAAUCAUUUUGUAUGUUGCAGUUUUGUAAAUAAAUUGAUUUUUUUAAUUUUUUUUUUACAUGCUUACAUCUGUUUGUGAGUUGAUGAGAAGAUUUACUAGUGUUAAAAUCCAAAAAUGUGAUAGGUGCACUUUUAACAAAUCAUUAUUUGUGCUCAACUGAAAUGGGGUUUGAGUAGCCUUGAUUGCUGUUAUUCAGUUGAGCCGUCUGUUAUUGUCUUUAUCAUUAAGUAUCUGUAAGGAAGUUAGAAAUAUCCAUAAUGGUCUAUAAAAAUGCUAGUCUCAAGUUCAAAAAAAAAACGUGUGCGUUUUAAACAUAUUGGGGCCAUUUUUAAACAUCCCAUGCUAAAGAACUAUUCUUAUUGUUAUGUUCAGGUAACAUCUCUUCAUUUGUUGUUAUCUUACUUUGAGAAGCUGAGUGUUUAAAAGCAUGUUUUGCUAUGUCAGUUAUAUAAUGGAGGUUUUUUGCAUACAGUCAGGAAUCGUGGACUAAUGAGACUUACAGGUAUGAUCCAAGUGCUUCAGAGUUAUCAGAACCAUAAUAGCAAGCUAAACAAGCAUUGCCAAAGAGAAAUGUCGUGGUUUUACCAUCAUGACAUUACUGUGAGAUUUAGGUUUGCUUUUAUUGCUAAAUAUAAAUACGAGUUCUAUAAGGAAAAAUCUACUUAUAGUAUCAUUCAAAUCAAGUUUUAGCAAAUUACUUUAGUGCAGAGAGCUCCAUAAACAUAAGUAUUUGUGGUGUAAUCUCUUUCUCUUUAUGCAUUUUGGCCAAUGAUUUUUGUAAUUAAAGGACUAAUAUUAGAUAAUAUGUUAUUCUGGUGGCUUAGCAUGAAAGCAACAGCUGUAGUAUGUGGAGGUUUUAUUUGGCAUUUCAGAGGAAUUCUACUUACAAGCAGGGUGAAGAAGUGGUAAAAAAAAAAGAAGGGAAAAAUGAACUAAAGCAGGCUUUAACCUCCAGUCUGCUUCGACUGGCUUCUCAACACCCUUCAGCUUGCAUGGACCAAGCAGACCCUGCAAAUGCCUUGUGACCAACAGUUGUAUAGGCACAAAGACAAAAAUUCAAGAAUUGUAUAUAUUUAAAUAACUCUUUUCACCUGUGUUAUUGGAUUAAUUAUCCUUCUCUAGAGCAAGUGUUGAAGAUUGGUUCUUUUUUCAGAUUGAUCUUGUUUUCCAUGAGGUUGUGUACAUUUACAUGAAUGUUUGAUAAACUAGAAAGAUGUAGAGAAGUGAUAUUGUAAACUCUAAGCUUUGCAUAUAUUGCUUCUUUGUCUAAUUGUGAGCUGUAACUUCUUUUUUUCUAAAUAAAUGAAAAUAUGCCAUGAAAUGUCAAUAGUAUAUACACACUAAAAAAUGUCCUUCAGAAAACUGGUGCAGUAUAGUUGUUACUAAUUGCAUCUGAGUUUGUCAUUCAUCUAAAGCAUUGAAUUACUCACACAAGGCUAAGGAAAGUUAUGUGGCUCUUGCUUUUAUUAUUUUAAGAGCUUCAAAAUGCAUUUCAGCAUACUAUAAAAAUUUUUCUCUCUAAGUUCUUCUGGAAAAGUGUUAUGUAAAAUUUUACAUUGAAAGUAUGAGAACAUUUUUCAAGUUUUAGUGUUUUAAAAAAUUAACACUGGUGUUACUUAUCAAAUUGAACUAAAAUGCCAAAAUACAAAGUUUUAAUUUUUUUUGUGACUUAAGACAUAGUAGAGUGCCAACUUUUGAAGUAAAAGCACAUUGCCCAUUAAUGGUGAUGAGAAUUACAUGGGAGGACUGAGGAUUAUUCUACAGGCUCCUGACAUUUCUAAGUUUUAUCAUAUAACCAUAUUAACCAUAUAACUUCUGAGCUUAUGCUAGCCAGUUGCAGGACUGUGGCAGUUACUUCAGACAUUGAAACUGUUCUAUUUUUUCUUUAAAGUUGUUUUGGGUGUUUCAUCAUAGGACUCUGCGGGUACCCAGAACAGCUAUAGAGUUCUAUAGCUAUACAGAGCCUGUAUGCAUUUCUUUUUCUGGGAGCUGACUUUGCACAGUUGCUUCUGAAGCUCUCAAAAGCCUUUAGCAUUCCAAAAGCCUUUUUGAAUGUCUUAUGUUGUGAAAUUGUUUUUUUUUUUAAGAACUAAAACAAAGCUUUUCUGAGAACCAGGGAGUUGUUCAUAGUAACCAGUCUCUCAAAAAGUGUAAUCUAGAAGGAGACUGCCAAGUCCAUGUGGUAGGAUUUUGUCUGAGUUGGAAGUCACCUACAGUUUGGGGUUUUUUUGUAUUAUUAUUAUUGUAUUUCACACUGUAUCUGCAAACUGUUCUAAUGAGGUAUGUCUUGCUAGAUGUUAAGUCCUACAUUUCUAGAGACGGAGAGCUGAGUUCUGGCUACAUCUGUAUGAGGUAACUGAAGUUAGAAUGACUAAUUUUACACACAGAGGAAGGAAAUUCAUGCAUUCAUUUACCAGCUACAUGAGCAGCAAUGAAUGAAAUGCAAGGCUAACUUAAUUUGCAUGUGGUCCUUUGAAUUUUCUUUGUCAGCGCUGACGCUGUUAUCAUGCAAUUAUUAUGAAACACUUCUAUUUGAAAAAUUUUCUGCUGCAAUACUGUUUACUUAAGUAGUGCGCAUUGGCUUUAAUAUUUUAAUGUAUAUACAUAAUGAAUGCAAAGGAAGGGAAAGGGAUGAAAAUCAGUGUUGCAGUGUAUGACUUGGUAGCAGAUUAACUGACACUAGGUCAAAAUUGUUAUUUUGUAGACAGGGAUGCUUUCUGUUCCAUCCUAAUCUAACACAGCUAUGUUGACUUCUCAGUGACCUGCAGCAUAGCAAAGACGAGUUCAUUUUUCUGCAAAAGACUCAAUAGGCAUUGUACAUACAUCAAGAAAAUAAGUUUCAAGUGUAUUAAUCAAUCCCUUAUAAACACUUGUUUAUCAAUAUUUAAUCUGUUCACUGGCUUGUGUAAUUUUCAUUUAGCUUAAUUUUUAUAGAAGAUUGUUUCUAGACAAACAUUAAUAGUUUCUGAUGGAAAAAUGCUGUAAGGCAUAUUAUACUGGUCAAGUUUCCAUGUUCCUACUAAGAUUUUCAUGCCAAAGAGCAAUUUUAAAUAUAUUUUACCAUACUGUAAAGAAUGAUUAAGCUGGAGAGUAGUGUUGCAAAUACAAGAUCAAAAAAACAGAAGUCAAUGAUAGACAACAGAAAAUAUCAUUGAAGAGAAAAAUUUGCCUGUGAAAAAAUAGAGUAGUUUAGCUGAGGAAGCAAACGAGUCUUAGAGUUAUAUAUGCUUAUAUAUGCUUAAAGUUUGCUGUUAUUGUUAAUUGGAGGCAUGCUACCAAAAAAACCCACACUUUUAUAUUUGUAGCUUAUUACACGUGGAAGAUCUUGCCAAUUUAGGGGUAUUGAUUUUAUAAUAUCAGCUUGUCCUUAAUUCCAUUACUUUCAUGCUUCUAGGAAUUUAGGCAAAGAUAAUUUUAGGAAGGUAUUUGGUGCAUUGGCAACGUGUUGCCAGGUUUUAUACUGUGAUUUUUUACAUCUCUCUCCAAGGCAUCUUUGGCCAUUCAUUCAUAAUAUAUUUGGCUUAAAAGGCUAUACGUCUGACUUUGUAUGGGAAUGCACCUUUUCAGAUUACAUUUCGUGCUGUUGUGCUGCAGGCAAGUUUAAAUUUCAGGGAGCGUAUUGGGACCUGGUCAUUCAGCAUUUUUAAUGCAACUUCAUGCCUGUAUCUCCAUUACAUUUUUGAAACUGUAGCACAGGUGGUUCCUCUAAUUAUUGCGCAUUAUUGCCUCAACAGUAUGUGGGCGAGCUGUUACCUUUGUAAUAUAUGUAGUUCCAAAAUUGCCCUCAUAUCCUAAAAACUGUCAGUGCUAGUUAAUUGUAAUAUAUUUGUACUGCUAGAUUGUUUCUGUUUUAGUACUCUUAUAUUUUAAAGGGUGCUACAAUUAGAAUAAAGUUAUUUUUUAUUAUGAAUAAAACGGAUGUGAGAUAUUGAUGGUAUAGGUUAAUAAUAAUUAUAAUAGUGAUAUCUUUUGAGUAACUCUGAUUUCAAAUCCUAGAGUAAUUUAUAUACUGUAAAAACAAGACACCAAACUUGAAAGAGUUCGUUUUGUUUGGUCCUCUUCAAAAAAUACUGCAGAGGAUAACCUUUGGUAUUUGUUGUGUUUGCCUCAAUAGAUCUCUGCAUAUUACACUCCUGAUUACUUUUUCUGAGGAAAAAGUGAUUUAGACUAUAAAAUUUUAUAAUAGUAUUAUAAUUAGUAUCUGUCAGUCUGUUCAUUAGCUAAUCAUCUUUUACCCUCUCAUGGAAGUAUAUGACAUAAUAAUAUUUUUAUUUUAACAACAUAUAUGUACUGUGAAGUCUCUUCCAGAUGGAUGUCUAAAAAUAAACAAGAUACUGGAGUUAUUCAAGUUUGAUCUAUAUUAUUUUUGCUUCUCAUUUUCUCUGCGAUUUCUAUAUAUUUUUCUUCCAUUUUCUGUUAACGCACUAAGUAUUCUUUGUAUUGUUGAAUAGGAUUCUAUUUAAAUAAUUACAAGUCAGGUGUAUAUGUAUCUGUAACUCCAUGAAUAGAUUACUGGAAUGGAAUGCCUGCUUUUCUGCAUUUUUUCCCCACAAAUUUAAGUUACAAAGAAAAAUAAGCAAAUCACACUGAAAGAGAAAAUGUUCAGUUACUGUGUGGACUUUAUUUUUUCAUUUUGAAGUGAACAGAUUUCUAAAACGAUAGGGAAAAAACAUCGUUUAUUGACAGCAGGAGCUUAUCUUCUGUAAGUGUUUACAGUGCGGUUUUUUUGGAGACCUUGGAACUAUGGUGAUAUUAUUGGUGGCUUAUGAGACAAUGCCCAAGGUAAAACUUCACUUCACCACUUAUCAGGGGAUGCGUGAAGGCUCUUGGGCUGAAAGGUUCCGCAGGUCAGGCUAUAGAAGCUGUCAGUCAGACUGAGCAGACAAGAGAAUGUGUUUGGGGUUUUUUUCCCUUAAUGUAAGGGGGAGAGAGAAAUAAUCCAACUUUAAGGGGGUGCAGCUUUUUCCUUCUGUAAUCAAGCUACACUGUCAAAUUAUGCUUUAAGCUCUGCAAGAAUGAGGGAUAAAAAUAAUAAGACGAAAGACACAGAAAGUCUUUGUGAUUUCAUAGAGCAUAAUUUGAGUUUGAAUUAGGUCGAUUUGAGAAAAAGCUAAAUUUCACCAUUACUGGGGGCCGAUUGAAAUCUAGCAAGAUGUUGACUCAAUUAUUUAGAAAUUAACUAGUUAUUUCCUUACCAUUUUUCAUUUAUUUUUUUAAAGAUACCUGGUGAUUCACUCCUGAAAAAAAUAUUUUAUCACUUUUGUCAGACAUUCCGAAGAUGCUUCAUAAUUUCUUCACGUGUAAACACUACUCAUUACAAGGCGGAUUUGACAAAAGCAUAUUUUAUUUUAAAAUCAUCUUUACUAGAGUGAAAAACCUUAAAAGGAUAUUUACUUAGAAGUUUCAUUUCUUUUCCUAAUGGACAAGCACUUUGAAGGAAGGUAGAUUUAUUUUUAUGGAGUCUUUUGAGUAUUUAUUUUCUGUUGACAUAAUAUAGUUUAUCACUAUGGAAUAUGCAUUUCAGAAAAAGAUUAUAUCUCUUCACUGAAGGUGAUCGUGAUUUUCUUUUAAAGCAGUAUCAACAUAUCAUCUAAGUGAACAGAGUUUGAAUCUAUUUCUGUGUUGUGCUUUAACAUCUUAAGAAAAUCUUUUUAAAGGUAUUUUUUAAAAAUUGAAAAGUUUUCUCUGGGCCCCACAAUUUAAGAAGGACGUGAAGGUCCUUGAAGGCAUCCAGAGGAGGGCAACAGAGCUGGUGACAGGGCUGGAAGGAAUCUCCUUGGAGAAGCAGCUGGGGAUUUUGGACUUGUCUGGUUUGGAGAAGGGGAGCCCGAGGGGUGACUUUAUGGCUCCCUCCAGCUUUCUGAUGGGGGAAAGUGUAGAGGCAGGUGCUAGAGCUCCUCUCCCCAGGAUCCAGUGGUGGAAUGGUUGGGAAUGGCUCAAAGCUGUGCCAGGGGAGGCUUAAUCUGGGCAUUAGGAAGCAUUUCAUUACCGUGAGGGUGGUCAAACACUGGAACAGGCUUCCUAGAGAUGUGGUCGAUGCCCCAGCAUUUGAGGCAUUUGGACAAUGCCCUUUAAUAAUGUGCUUGAAUUUGGACAGCCCUGAAUUGGUCAGAUAGUUGGACUAGAUGAGCAUUAUACGUUCCUUCCAACUGAAAUGGAAAUAGUCUGUUCCAACUGAAAUAGUCUCUUCUAUUUUUGUAGCAGUGAGGGGAGAGAAUUUAGGGGUAUGUAUGAGCUUUUAAAAAGCUGGUUUAGCAGUUUGCUGGAAUUGCAUUGCUGUUAGAGCUCUUAUUGUUAGAAAAGUAGUUGAAAGGGUGAAACAUUCAAAGACAAAGCAAUCUAAUGGAACAUAAAACCUGUAGAGAAAUUGUUCUUCACUGUAUGGAGAUACAGUUCAAGGUCUGCAAAAAUUUCUGCGAUUCUGGCCACGUAAAAUAUAAUGGAGGAUAAAAUUAUAUCAUGAGAGAGAAAAACAUAAAAACAUUUUGUACUCAAUUGAGUAUCAGUUGUCAGAUACUGAAGACAUAUUAGGAAGACGUGAUGCUCCACACAAGUACAGGUAUGGGUGAGCCUGUAGACAGGGACUGAUGUGAAUGCAUAGCUGACCUUGUUGUUUGAUAUUAAGGCCACAAAUUUGCAAAUAACACCUGUGUAUUUAUAUAUCCACUGAAACAUUUCUCUCUUGCUGUAUGGGGUAAGAUGGUGUGUGUGAGAGGGACUGCACAUGCACAUAUAGAUUUGCUGGUAAAAAUAUCCUGAACAGCUUCAGUACGCUAUAGUCUGUUGUUUUCUCAUUUGUCUUCCAGAAUAGCAUAAAUGAUGUGGAUUUUUGCUUUGCUGGCAUAUCACAGGAACAUUUGAUGUUCAGAAAGCUUUCUGAAAUUGUCUGUAUGACUUUUUUUUGCACUGAAGCUUCACAUAAUAUCAAGAUCGGGUUUGAAUUAUCACUGGUAGUUUUUUAGAUACAGGUCAUUAGAUGCUUUUGUUGUAGCUUUUGUUAUCUUGCAGAAUUUUGGCAAUAAAUGCUCUGUAAUUUCUUGUGAUUGUUUCAUAUUUGCUUUGUCUGCAUACCUGCAGUAUUGUUUUCUUUCAGAAUUAAUACAAUAAGCUUUCAUAAAUGAAAGUAAAACUUAACAUUAGACUAAUUAUUAUAGGUCAGGGGAGAUUACUAACAAAACAUAAAGCACCUUGUGUUUCUUACUAAACAAUUGCUUGUGUUCUAUUUGAAACCUCUUAAAGCAGCACAGUUAUUGUGCUGACUUGCAGGCAAUUCUUUUGCUUGUAGUUCAGUGCCUGAUAUUGGAGUGCAUUCUGCUCUCCAGAUGUCAGAAGUAACAUCUUCAGUACAAUUUUCAAUUCUCUCGUGUGGCUAGCAUCCCUGACUUGGAAAAAUCUGUUGAUGUUUUCAAGGAAGCCGAGCUUUAAAUUGUGAAAAGUCUCUAUACCUAGAGAUGAAAUUUAAAAUAAAAAACCACACAGACACCAUAAAACCCACCAGAAAUCUUUGUUUAAUGACUGGUGUUCUGUAAAGAUUGUAUCAGAAAUCAUAAUACAGAGAGUGCUCUGGUUUAUCUUGCUAAAAAUGGGCUCAGAAAUUUGGUGGUUGUGUUGAGGCAGGUGUUGAAGUGAUGUGAUCUUGAGUGAUGGUAAACAGAAACAGUAGAACAAGGUACUUGAAAGACAAAUAAGUGUUGUCAAGCAAAUGUAUCGUUAUCUGUUGAAGAUAAACAUGUGUGUGCAAGUUAUGAUACUUUGUACUGGGGUGACCCUUAUGUUCCUAGCCACAAUUCACUUUCAGAAUUGUUGUGGGUAGGAGGAGAAAUAAUGUCCUCCUUAGCUUGAGAAGGUUUUGGUUCUCUCUGAAACACAGAGAGAACUGGAGGCUGCAUAUUCUUCUCCCUCCUUUCUGUACUCUUUCAAAAGAAAAAAAUACUAGUCUAUAAAGAGCAGGUACAGAACUCAUCAAUUGGACAAAUAUUCUCCCGUCACAUUUUUUGUUUAAAGUGCAAUCUUGGAGUUUUAUCUGCUUAGCCAGAAAUCAGCGCCACCUCUGCUGUACUGGGUUUCCUGUUCUAUCCCAAGUGCCUGUUGCACAAGGCAUCACAAAGAAAGGACAUUCGGAGAAGUCCAAGGCAGAGUUGUAACAACAGCUCUCCUAUGUUUAACAAGCACAGAACAUUUCUGUUUCUUCUGUAACAUAUGUUGCAUUUGUUGUGUAUACUCUAUUCCAACAAAAAUACUUUUCUCCUAUCAUAAACUGGAAGACAAACAUGGUUUCGGUUCUUAAAAAGGAUCUGUUUUCCGAAAAUGUUUCUGCAAUUCUGAUUUUAGAUUUUUUUUUUUUUUUCCAGACUUACCUUGUAGAUUUGAAUAUAAUGUACUUUUCCUUCAAGUGAAAUUGCUGUUCCCCGAUAUUUUUUCAUUAAUUUAGAGCUUGAUAUAAAAUUCAAAAAGUACUGAAAAAUAAGAUGUGUGUAGGACUGCAUAAGCUUUUAAUUUCCACUUUUAGCCCUAGUAAAAUAAGCUUUUCUUUAUAUAUAUGCGCACAAUAGCUAUUCUGUGUAUACAUUGUGGGGUUUUUAAUGUUGUUUUGUGGUAGCCUUCAUCCUGAACAAUUGAAAUUAAAAGGUUGCAUUUGCUGUUUUUUCAGAUGAAAUUUCUACGAAGAAAUCUCUCAUUUAAUAGCUUGCUUUUGCUAUCAGUAUUUCAAGUUAAGUAUAUGUAAUAUAGGCUCUGGAUUUAGCCUUUUGAAAAUUAUUCAGUAUGAAUGUACUGUAAUGAUGGGGUAAUUAGUUGAAGUUCACUGAGUUUAGCUAAACAUACAGUGUUUGAUUUAGAGAGGGAAAUCUAUGGUCAAUCAACCUUUUCAGACAUGAUUCUGCUUUCAACAUUAUCUGACAGGUAAGUCAGCCCAUCAGGCCUGAGGAUGUGCUCCGGAGCAGCUCAUCUCUUCACUCUUGACUACUCAUUUAUCUUAUCAAGCAUAAUUCACAACUGGCACAAGGGAAGUGGGGAGGACCAAGUGAAAUGUUCCAAGCCUUCCUUUCCUCCUUUCAUGCAGCAUGAAAUGGUUUGUACAUGUGGCUGUAACUCACCAUAAGUUUUCUUGAUUCAGUUGGUAAUCUAAGGUAUCUGUAGAUUUUAUUUUAUUUGACAGGAAAAUGAUUAGUUGUUUCUAAAUAGCAGUUGUUGCUGCAGGCGUAGAGAAGAAUGAGUUUAAAUCAAUCAUUUGCCAAAGACUGUCUCUUUGUCAGGUGAUAGAUAUAAGUCAUUGAAACCAGUGUACGUGGUCUUCAAAUUGCUGAUGGAUGUAACAUGCUCACUUGGUGAAAGCACCUUUCUUGAGAGAGCAUUAAAGUACCCAGCAGCAAACCCAUUUUUCAUUAAGCUGCAGAAAGAACUUGAUUCUUGGCCAUAGAAGAUAACUAGGUGCUUAAAAAGAAAAAAAAAAAAAAAAAAAAAGGAGACUUCUUUAACUAUACAGAAUUUUCUAACAAUCCAUUUCAGAAAUUUUAACAUUUUAGCCAUUGGAAAGGACACAAGGGGAGAACUACUAUAGUCUAAGGAGGAAAUGACCUUGUCUGGAUUUUGGUUUACAAUUAAAAUUAAUUUUAAACAAGUGAAUAACCAAUCUGAAUAAUUUGUACAAAUUCAAAUCUUAUCCUUUAAAUAAUUUGAUGGAUCUGUAGGUACAUUAAAACUACAAUAGAGAGCUUAAGAACUGAGUAUACCUCUUUAUUUUUUACAAAGUUUUAAUCCAUAUUUGUGUUUAGUGUGUGCUUGGAGAAGUCUAUCUUUUCCUCUUGCUUGUGCCGUUAGUUUCCCUGUUGUCUGUUCCAGUCAUGGCCAUUCUUCUUGCCUCCUACGGAAAAGCUUGCAAUUCCAUUCUCCUUGGUUUAACAUUUUUCUGGGCUAAGCAAAAGCAUUUGAAACUUUUCUAUGCAAAUCUCAGUCACAAUAAAACACUGCUUUAUAUCAGAAACAUAAAAGAAAAAGUAUUUAAAAACAGUAAAAAAUAUAUAUAUAUAUUUAUAUAUGUAUAUACCACACUUCUGAAAACUCUCGAAACCAGUAGUUUUCUUACAACUGUACACUAUACAAGUAAGUGGUAGUGUGGACAUCAUCAUUCUUGUCCUUAUGCCUUUUUUGUCACAAAAAUGGUAAACUGUAAUUUGAAAUGUUAUGUAAAUUUGUACUUUUACUGAAUCUGAGAGACUGGUACUGCAGGUAUUAAUGUACAGAUGAAGUUACUACUUAGCUGUCUGUUAUAUUAAUUACAGUAUUAAGUGUUCUUUUUUAAGUGCUGUGUUUUGGUACAAGAAUAAUGGAUGUAGGAUCUAAUCCCAUUUUGAGAACUAAUCUUCUGGAUCAGUUUAUAUGAUAGGGCAUUGUUCAGUUGUACGCUUCCAUGCAGGUAUUCAGUCUUUCUAUGUAGAAAGGUUCAAACUACUUGGUAACAAUAUAUCUGUAGGGGAAAAAAAGUUGUGGGUUUCUUUUGGGGUUUUGUUUGUUUUUCUUAAAUGACAGUCACUGGAUACUGCUUUUGCUUCACCUGCUGGGAGUCUGUUUGUCCUACUAGAACAAUCUUAGUCUUUCAUGAAGUCUUAUGAAUGAAAUGGUGUAAGAUUUCAUUUUGCCUCAUGCCUUUUAAAGGCAUAGCCUUUUAAACGUCAAAGUAAUUGCAUAUAUGAAAAAAUAAUUUUUAAUAGAAUUGCCUGUUUGGAAAUCAGUUCUAGUCUGCUUUUCAUACUAAGAUUUCAAUACUCUGCAGAAAAACAAGCAUGAUCGCUUUCCUCAAGUAGAAUCUUUCAAAGUGCUUUGUACUAAAAUAGCAUCUGAAGUCAGAGUUCGAGUGAUGUUGUCAAAAAUUCUGGGAUUUGGCAGAAGGGCUGAGGUAGCUUCCAUAGCACUUGUCCAUGUGAUGCCCACUUGGUCCAUAUGUCAGUGGAUACCACUAGGUGGUAUCAUUAAACCUCCUUUUUUGAGAAUAUUAAUAGUGACUCACAAUCAAAGAGUGUUUUGAGAUCAUCCAAGUUAAGAUUUUUUUUUUCCCCUUUGGUCUGUGACUGCAGAAAUGAAUUAUUACCUGCUUGGUUGAAAUUGGUUUCACUAAAAUACACAAGACAGUCUUUCCUCUACUGCCACUGAGAUUAUAUAUGCUGACAGUAAUUCAAACUUUCUGGUGCACUCUGGAGUUUGAGUAUGUGUCCCAGUUGCUGUGUAAUAUCCACUUUCAUAGUAUGUAAUCAGUUAUCCAAACAGUAAUUCAGGCUUUUAAUAUAAACUCCAGUUUUUGUAUGUUUUUGAAUCAGUAGUGUCAAUGAAGCAAAGCACUAAAAAUGUUUUUCAAAAUCAUUUUUUAUAUAGCUUAAUUCUCUUCUUAACAAAACAAUAAAUGAGUCUCCAUUGGAUAAACCAUGAAUUUUAAAAUAUUAUUGUGAAUAAGAGCUAAGACCCUUUUUUUUUUUUCUAAUUUACUGUGUUUGCUUGCAUUGUCUUAUGCUUUAGCUUUGUACAUGGAUGCUUUUCUACAGUAAUUAAUUUUUUAGUACUAUCACAAGGCCAUGCUAAUUCUAGCCACAAAAACCAGCAACAUAUUACUGUAAAUGGAGAUUUGUUGUGAAAUGAUGCAACAGCAGUAAAAGUAAUUGCAUCUUGAAAUUGUGGAAUGCCCAGGAAUGGAAAGAGGUAAAGUUUGUUAUUGUGCAUUUUUUUUUUCAUGACCAAUAGUGAUCAUAAUAAAAGAUCAUCAGAAAAGAGAACUUUUAUAUUGAUGAUAGUUCCCUACUCCGUAUUUUCUCUUGUGUCUUUGACAUAGCAAAAGUGAAGCUUUUCAUCUUGGGCCUACGCAGCACAGCUGCAGACAGCAGGGGGAAGAGUUUGGUCAAAUUGCUACUAUAACAAACAUCUAUAACAGAAAACAAAAAAAAUUUACAUUACCAAUGACAAAUCAAAGCUGAAAGUUCGCCUUGCCUGUUGUCAUUCAUUGCCAGUCAUAUUUAGAAAGCAGACUGCUGUGAUAAUUGAUUUGAUGGUCCAGCUUGAGUGGAAGCACUUCUGGGCAUAGCAGGCCUCAGAGAUGCCAAAAAAGAAGAAAAGGUGGGAAUGAAAUAAUGCACUACUUUCUCCUCAGAGGCAUGUGGCCCAGUUUUUGAGAACAGAAAAACAUGCUUUAGAAGAAGGAAGAAAAAAACUUAGUAACUCAGUAAUAAAUACAAAAAUGACCAUAUAGCCACAGUCAGAUAAAAAUAGACAUUCAAACAGAGACAGUGAUUCUACAUAUUUUACUGGCAGGUGAAUAAUAGGAGAAUGCUGUGGAAAUAAUCUGAUUUUUAACGGCCUCUUUCCAUGGGAGUACCUUUUUUGCUGCUUUUUUUGUGUAAUGACAAAAGAGGUUCCCUUUCCUAAAAACAACACUUAAUUUUUUUUAAGCUUUUCAAAGAGGAACUGAUAGUUCGGAAGAAGGGAAAGAAAGCAAUUAUUGAAUUUGAAAGGCAAUAGAUGUGCUUGGAUUAUCUGAAGUCCUAUUGAAUUUAUUUACUUCAAGCAAUAGGUGAUAAUGAAGCUUGUCUCUGUAUUUUUGACUAGGGGGUCGUGUUCACCCAUAACCUCCUGCUGAUAUGAAUAACUUAUGACACUAAAAUGGCAGUUGAGGAAAAAAGCAGAUUAAAAAACUUUUUAUUUCGGUGUUUGACCUCUUAAUCGCAACUGCCAACUCAACUGUGCACCCUGUCAGCAAUUUGAAGACCCAAACAAAAUUGGGUAAAAGAUUUGAUGUAUUGAAACACAAAACAGUAAUCAGAACUGGUUUGUUUUUGAGUAAUGUUUACUUACUUGCAAAAAUGGUGUGGUCCUUCAACUUGGCUGCGCUCUUCAUAUUCAUAGUCUUAAAUCGUUUAUGCACAGCAAAUCAGGACUAACUGAAAUUUAAUAGUAAAGAUGAAAAAAAGAGCUUAGUGAAUUAGCAUGCAGUUUUAAGUAUGCAGUUCCAUGUUACAUAUAACUAUUACUAUCUCGACUUUUCAGUUUUUAUAAGUACCUUACCUACCUUUAAUGAGAUAAUAGCUGGUGUAGGCAUGCAAAAUAUUCUAGACAUAUAAAGGAAAUUCUGUAAAACAACAUAGUAAUUUAUUAGGAGAGUAUUUAAAUUUUCUUUUUUUAUCUAUUAUGACUUUUUAAAUUCCUUUUUUAUAUAUUGGAAGCAGAAGCUCAGCAUUUGAUAAUCCAUUAAGCGUCUGAAAGUGGGAUCACCCAUAUGUCAGCGUUCCUUUGAAUUCUUUCUGGCUCUUUAUCUACUUAUUAUUAGGUAUGAAAACAAUCCAUUAAAUUUACAGAUAGGAAACGUGAACAUCAUGUGUAACAUGGAAUGUGUUGGAUGAUCUCCUGCUGUAUUUAGAUCCUUUCUUGCUGUUUGAGGAGAGAGAGGGAAAUUAAACACAGAUGCAUCAGAAAAACUGACACUUUGUGAAGAUUUAAUAAAGAAUUGACUGGUCUUAUUCGCUCUGUGACUUUCUUCCUAUGAACAUGCAGAAGCAGUUUAGUGCAGUAUUAAAUGUCCUACAUGUCAAAUAAACAGACUUCAAAAUUCAUCCCCUUAAUAUGAUGUAGAUCCAAUUUCCACCUCCCUCCCUGGUGCAAGGAAAUGAAGAUGGUAUCUGACCCUUAAAAGAAAUAAUCACUGCACAAAUGUAAAAAAUUAUGUCCAGGGUCCCUGAUCCUUUCUGGCUGUAGUGAAGUAUCAGCUUGCAAUUCACUGCCAAAUUAAUUACCUCUCAAUCAAUAUUUAAUUUAUUCCCACAUUUUCUAGUUUUUCUGGAUUUGUACUCCCCUUUAUUUUUCAGUUUUAUUCCUUUCUCUCUCUCACACCUGUCUUGAGAACAUCUGUAGCUGUUUUAGCUUGAUUGAAAAGGGAUGGUGAUGAAAGAAUUAAGUAUUUUCAAGGCAGUGUAUUUGAGCAGAACCCAGUCAUGCUUGUAUCACUGUGCAAAUGAACUGUUACCUGUGAUCAGUCUGAAGUCCUGUCUAUGUCACUUUCAUAUGUAAUAUUUUAAUCAAUGUGUGUUUUAACCUGCAAGAGAACCUCAUUUUGGUAGAAACUUCUCUAAGGAGUCGUACUUUGAAGGUAAUGCCGAAGUUCAGUGGCAUGGGGGAUAUUUGUAUUGUUCACAGUGAGCUAGAAAUGAUGUAGCAAGGAAGGUGGGAGAAGUGGGAAUAAAAGUUCUGGGUGAGUUAUGAGAAAUGCAUUCAGUCAGCUAGAGGUGACGACGGCAGGAAGAAUACGCGGCUGAUGAGGAGAGUUGCCUGGAUUGACCUGACUCUGGAUCAUUUGUGUUUCAGCGCUGAGUUAGUCUGGAUCUGAACCCCAGAUAAAUUUCAUAUUACUCCAAAAUGUGUGAAUUCUUCAUAUUGAUGAGGAAGUAUGUACUUACUUUCAAGGCUUUUGGAGGCAUUCGUGACAAAUUGCUAUAUUUCCCAAGCAUACAGAGUUUGGCAAGUUUAUUGGAGCUGGAACUAGGAAAGUGCUUCCUGCUGGGCACACUGGAGUAAAUAACAGCAGACCUUGGUUAAAAUGUAAUUUGAGUAGUUUAGAUUUUUACUGCAUAUUCUGUGUGAGCUAUUGUAUUAAUAAUGAUUUCUGGCCCAAGGUUUGUAGGCAAUUCUAAUGAUUAUUUGAUUUCUUUAAAUUGUUCAGCAUGACCAUCCUUCACUAUUUACAUGUAUCUAUCUCGCAGACAUAUCCAGUCAACCCGUGAUCUGCACAAGGCUUUUCUGUCAAAAAAGUUUCCAGAACUUGUCUGGGGGGGCUGUUCUGCUUAAUGGCUGUCAUGAUGGAGCUGGGUGUUUGUUUUUUCUCACAUAAAGAAGGAAUUCAACCUGAAAGAAUUUGUGCCUUUUGCCCCAUGUCCUGUCAUCAUGCACCCUUGAGAUGAGAGUGCCAUGAUCUCUAACUACCAUUUCACUAUUCAAAUAGUUCUUUAUAUGUGUUAAGUAAAACCUAAUGCGAUUGCCAGAUGUCAUAACAUGUCAGAAAAGAGCUGCAUGUUCUAUAACUGGUUAAAUGUGCUUUCCAUACUGUCACAUCAUUUUUAAUAGUCAUAUGGAAUUGCAGAUCGUAAAAACAACCUGUCCAAAGCUCUUCUCAAAGCAGAGGAGAGAUCAGCACAAAAGCACCUUAUUUAAAAAGGAAGAAAGCUAUUGGAAGGUGACAGCUGGAAUGCCAGCGCUUAAUCUGUGUAAUUAAAACUUUUCUAAGGAGCAGGAAAAGCAGGUUGGACUUCAGGUAGUUUUAGGAGUUAAUUAGCAAGGUCUUUUUGAAUAUUAAGAAUGCCUUUGAAGGAUAAAGUUUUGAAAACUAGUUCAGGGCUUUCAAACAGCAUAAAUUAAGGCAGAAACUUUUACACGUCCUCAAGAUGCAGAUAGAGUCAUCCUCCCUAACUGUGCCAUUUUAUUUCAUCAGAAAUAUAAUCAUACAUCCUCCUCAAUGUCUCACCUUCAUAAGGAUUUAUUCAUUUGCUUAACAGUACACUGGUAAUUUAACUGGAUAAUAUUUUACAGAUUUAUUCUACACAUUCACAAUUGCAAAUGCUAAAGUCAGUAGCUCUUAAGUCAUAAACUGAGUUUCUUCACAGGCUGGGUACUGUAAUAUAUUACCAGUAUUGAAGACAGCAAUCUGCAUGUUUCAAGGUACAAAGUAGUUACUUCUGAGAAAUCAUUUUAAAAAAUGCAGUAACAGUAAUUCAAUCUUGAUGUUCUCCAUGUUUUCUUCUAAAAGUUCUGCAGUUUUACAAGGGAAUCUAACUGAAAAUACGGCUUUGCUUGAUUUUACAUGACUCUGGUGGGAUUUUGUCAGCAUUUGCCAAGAAAUAGGACUUAACUAGACUGAAAAUUUGGCCAUAUCUCUUAAAACAUAUGGAGAGUAUAGGCUCGUUCUCACCAUAUUUUAUGUUCUUUUAUGCUUGGCUUUGUGAAUCCUCUCACUUUGAUGAAAUAAGAGGUCUUUUUGGUUUGUACUUUUGCACUCAUUUUUUUAUUAGUUUUGAGGUACUUAGUGCCUACAAAAUUUCUCACUUGUGAGCUGUUUUAAACAGCUAUUAUAACAGCAGAGAGCAUCUUGAUUUAACACUAAAUACAUUCAUAAUUUGUGUAGUAUAUUAAAUGUGAAUUUGGAAAGAAAAUAAACCUAAUAAUUAUCUAUCAAGAAUAUAUCAAAAUAAGACAUGCUCAAAAUAUGACUUUGAACGGUAGUAAAGUUCUCGUGGGAUCUCUAGAUACUGUUCUGUUUAAAGAAUAGUGCAUUGUGAACUAGAGAACCACAGCAUUAUGUUGAAGAUGUGUGAGUUUGUCAUUUAGUUACUCUUUCUACAAACAUCCUCUACAAUUCAUAUUAGGGAAGAAUAAUCCAAGUGGAGUUUUCCAAGUAGUGAGCUAUACAUGGAAUUAUGCAUGUGUAUAGCUAUGCUUGCUCCAUCUAAAAUGUUAUGGGCUGGUUAUUUUCAAAAAAGGUAGCAGAUUACCCAUAGUUUGAAAUCUUUCUGAGCAUCUGUUGUUCCCACUGUCCUCUUGAAAACUGGACUUUGUAUUAGUUAUAGGUAUGUGGGUGAGGAAGGGGUAUCAGUUUCUUUGUACAAGCUCAGUGACUGGGAAUCCCUGAGUUUUCUGAGUUCAGAUGGACAGUGGUUGUUUUAUAUAGAUUUAGAUAUUGCUCAAAUGCCACAAAUGAGUAUUGAAGAUUUCACUCUGGCUGUAAGUAUUGAAGAUGUUUAGAAGUUGUAACAUGUUAUAUGACUCAGUCACGCAUGUAGCUAUGCUUCUUUACAAGUAGUUAUUUAACAGAACAUGUUUGGCAAUUAAGCAUUUAGCUUCACAAAUUUAAAUUUAAAAAAAAAAAAAAACAACAAAAAAACCACAAAUAAGUGAAUGGACCUCUAAACCUCUUGAUGGGGAGUUGGAAAAUCCAGCCCACAUGGCAGCACCGCAAAGGAGGAUGAAGGUGUUAAGUUGGUGUAUCAAGUUAUACCUCUGAUCAUUGGUGAAUCAUUUAGAAAUAUGACACUGAUUCCAUCAUGAAUCAGUACUUCUUACUCUUUAAAAAUACAUUGUUGUAGAAACCGUAGAAAGUUAUAAACAGAACUGUCCAGAAGUAAAAUGUUCUUCUUCUAUGACUCUACACCUGUUACAGUUCCUGUUUAGGGAACAGAAACACGUAACAAAAAACCCAACUCUGCAGUUCAUUAUCGAACUGAAUUUUAAUGGUAGUAUUAAACAUUUGCCUUAUACUGGGAUAACUUUUACAAAUACUUAUGAAAUGUUGCUGUUGGAAAGGCACGUUAUGAUUGUGAUCUCAGCUAUGCUCAAACAUGGUCCAUAGAUGAGAAUUCAUUAAUAAGAGCUGCAUUUCCAACCCAGUUUGACUCUGUAGCUGUGCAGAUAUGCUUAUCAAUUAAAAUUGUGUUCAGCAUGUAACGAAGGUUUGUAAUUCAAGCCUAUUGAAAAAUAGUGGCAAACCUAAACUAAAUAAUUUAUUUGUUUGUUCGCAGUGUUGUCAAUUUAAUGGUAAUCCAAAAGGAAAAAAAAACAAAAAAACAAAAAACAAAGAAACCAAAACCUAGUAGUGGAACAAAUGUCAUGUCUCUUCUCUCUUUAGUUGCAUUAUUUAGGUUUUUUGGAUGCCUUUUCUUUUGUUAUAUCAACCUCAAAAUCAUAGAGGGUGACAAUGAUCCUUGUCAUGUUUGGCAGUGUGUCCUUGCCAUGAUUCUAGUGAUUUUCAGAAGGAAUUAUGAAGAAAUCCUUUGUGUCACAUUAUAUGUAGGAAUCCUGCAGACAGUAUUUGAACGUAGCAGGCACAUCUCUGAGGAAAAUUCUCCAUGAGCAAGACUGAUAUAUUUAAGAACAUAUCUUAGACAACCUGUCUGUGGUGCAAAUUACAGAUGUGAGAGGUAAAACACUUUUAAAGUAAAUGUCAAAACAUAUUAUCAUUGAAAACUACCAUGUCUUUUCAUCAUUCACUUCUUCUUGAUUCUCCAUAAUGGGAAUAUGCAGGUCUUAAAAGUAAUUUUUGCUGUGCAGAAAACAAGACAAAAAUGUGUCUUUAUACAUAUUAUACAUAUGUAUAUGUAUGUUUGUAUCUAUAAAGAUACCCACAUGUAUAAAAAUUCUGUGCUGACACAAGUAUUUCAUGAAGCUAUAGAAUUUUAUGAUGACCCUAAGCAGACGUUAGUUCAAAACUGACUCUGCAUGCAGAAAUCAACCAAAAUGUCAAAUAAUUUGUGUGAGAAAUCUAAUAUGUUGUUCCAGCUUAUCAGUUUAUAAACUUCCAGUUUAUCUGACUUGUAAAUUUUCCUUUUAUGAUAAUCCAUGCAGUGUGUUAGUAACUUUUCUUGUUGUAACUCAGUUUAUUCCAAUAGAAGUGUAAAUGUGUUUGAGUAAAUGUUUCUCAGGUGCACCUUGCACCUUUGCUAUCCCAGAUAUGUUUUCUUUUCAUGUCAACCAAGUCUAGCUCUACUACUUGAAUUCCUGUACAACUAGUAUCCAGGUUGGCAGGAGUGGACUGUUAGCCGUUAGUCUUCACAGGUACUUUUAGUUACUGUUAAUUAUCUGGUGUUUAUAUUCACGUGUUUCUAUCUGAAAAGCAUGUUUUUAUCCAUAUAAGUCUGAAGCAUAUUUGAGAAUAUUUAAUAGUUGCUCAUUUUUCUGGUUGUAAAUUAUCAUUAUCUCCCACAAAUAUAACUAACUCAAGACCAUGAUUUUAUAAACAACGAAGGAUAAUUUUUAAGUGACUUCACUCUUCUUGUUUUGUCACUUUCCAUCUUUCUCCAAAGUUUAGAAAUAGCGAAAAUAAGGUUAUACUGUUUCAUCUUUUCAUAUAUUUUCCUCUGAAAUAAUAUUUAUGCAGUGGCAUUGGAUAAUGUGUUCUAAAGUAUUGUAAUUCCAUUGAAAAUGUAAAUUUGAAUACAAAGAAGUGAUACAUUACGAGAUUGGCAUUAACUAGUGACCAGCAGAAUACUUGUCACCAUCUCCAAAUGAAAUAAAUCUCUCCAGAUUCGUUCAUAAUACUUUUCAAAAUAGCAAGCUAAAGGUGCUUUAAAGGAAAAGUAUCUGAAACUACCUUUCUUUAGGGUCUGCUCAGUGUGUUGAUGGAGUGGUGUCCAGUUUCAUAUCUGGCUGCAUAAUUCAUAGUCCAAAUCAAGAGCAAAAUAGUGUAUAUUUUGGACAGUCUUUGGGGAAGUUCAGUUUGGAGGUGAUUUCCAUACAGAUAAAGCUAUAAUGGUCUGUGUUACGUGUAAUUUUAUUCUAACAGAAUUUGUAUUAUGUAAAGGGCAACAAGUUGUCUUUGAGAUAGUGUUAAUUUUAAAAGUAUACGCCUCAAAAUUAGCAAAUUGAAAUACCCUGGCUGACUUUUUUCAUGCAACUUCGAGUAUAGUCUGAUUCUUUAAAGAAUUGUUUUAAAGUAAAACAUGAUUGUGACCAUAAUGAAAUACCCAUUACAAUUCUGAAAUCAAGUAUUUAAGGCCUUUGGGAGGGAGAGGUGAAAAAGAUGGAUCUGAAUGCAAUGUAAGACAAGCCCUGUGCUUUGGCUGUUCUGUGCAGCUCCUGCUUUCAGCAGAAAUGUGCUGGUGUCGUCAAGGUGACUUACUAUAGCAAAACCCCCGGGCAUCUUGACUUUCACAUCCCCUUGCUGGGUUAAGUACAAAUGAAAAUAGACAGGAACGUGGUAUUUACGUUUUAUAAAACCAAGUAUUUAAAGACAUUCUAAUAAACUUAUCUUGAAAGCACUGCUGUGCACUAGGCAUGGUAUCAUGACAGCGUCUCUGCAAGUGUUUCUGAUACUGUGGUUUAGUCUUGUGGUACCUCUAAUAUUAUACUGACAUUUGCAGCCUUUGCACUGCGCAUUAUUGGCCAAUAUUUGUGAUACGUGACAUUCUUGCUAAGUACUGUCAGGUACAAUCUAUCAUGAAACAAUCCUUUAGAGUGUACACGGAGACUACAGUCUUUCUGCAGAGACACACAUCCUUGGGAAGAUUACAUUCUGAGUUUAAAAUUAUAUGUGCCCUAGGAAAUUAAAAUUAUUAGGAAAAAUCCAUACUUUAGGCCAGAGUAAAUCAUCUUGCUUUACCAAAAUAGAAAAAUUACCUUCAGGUGUGACACUAGCAAUUUAAAAUUAGCCAUGUAGCUCAAGACAGCAAUUUUUUUAUGUGGUUCAUGUAUGACUGUUCUUUUCCACAGAGCUGUAGUAAAACCACUUAAAUUAUUUUAAAGAUGCUUAGACAAAAUUGUUCAGAAGGUUUUAAUUGCAUCAACUACAUACUGAUAACCUUCCAGUCUGCCGUAGACAGAUAAGGAUACAGACUUUGGGAACUGGUACAAAAAUUUUUAGGUUAGUUCAGACUUCUGUUUUUCAGGAACAUGGUCAAGGACUUAAUUUGGCUUCUGUGCCCUUUAUGAAAGAGGAAUAAGGUCACAGAUUCUUCUGCUGCUAAAUAACUGCAGAUGGAUUGGACACAAUCGCUGAAAAAGAAUUUUCAUGAUCUUUCUAAAUCAGAUAUUUUGUUUAAACACAUGCCCUCUCUUUUCCUUUUGAAAAAAAAGAGGUGCAAAGUUCAUAUAGAACUGAGAUAAAGCCUUGGCUUAGUUGUGUUCUGCAACUGAUGACAUUAGGAAAUAACAUCCUUCUCAGCUUAAGAAGAGGUGUGGACCCAUUGCGUGAUCAUAAUUGAAUAAAACCAUUUUGUUCUUGUGAUAAUUAAGGAUAUAAGAACUGCCUGUUACAGGUUUUGUAGAUUUGUUGAGGUAGUGCACUUUAAUAAAUUGCUGGAACAUGUUUGUAGGUGUAAAGCUUAAGCAUCAGGACUGGAUUGUGCAUUGGUACACAUUUAAUGUUUCCAAUAUAAUUCAAAUACUCAUUAAUUUGCAUUUUAUUAUUUUAUUUAUUCUGAUACCAUGUUUCAGAGAGAAAAUUAUUACUUUAUUGGAUCAUCAUUUUUUGAACUGUUCUAACUGUAAUUAACCACGUAAAGUAAUGCCUUCUAAAUUACAUUUUCAAUUACUUGUGACUAAAAUUAUCUUAAAUUUUAAAAAAUGGAUUUGUCCUAUAGAAAGCUUCAUUGCUUUAUCAGUGUUGUUUGUAGUAGAGCCCUAGAUUAGGGUAACUUGGUUUUUAAAUUAAAUGUCAAAUAUAAUUUGCUAUUAGAAACAUAAAGUGUAUGCCUGUAGUCUGAAGGAGAAAAAAGCCACUUCAGCAUCAUUUAGUACUGAUAUAUGCAUAAAAUCAGCUUUUUACCAAUUAGAUAAUGCCUGGCAGAACAAAAAAGUGUGUGUUAGGUUUGUAUGUGUGUGUUUAUGUGCGCACAACUCUGCUUUUGUAUGUAUAUGUCUACAUGCGUAUACGUACAUACAGUGCUGUAAAUAUAGGAAUCUGAAAUUUGGUCACAGAUCUUCUAGAAAUAAUAGAUUCAAUAAUUUCAUAUUUUUCAUAAAUUAUUAAUGACUUCUGAAAUGUGAAGUUCCUGCUCUAUUGGUCGUUGACAUCUGGGGCUGCUGGUGUGUGAGUGGGUGUGUGAUUGGUGUAAGCUCAGUAACAGUCGUGCGUGGGUCCCUAUAAACUGUGACCACACAAGCCAGCUGUCACAGUCAACAGCAACAGAGGAGCAGGUGGGCAUAGGAAUUAAAAUGCGAUGAAGAAAUUGUAAGGAAUGCAUUUGGGGACUAUAUUGUGGUAAGACUUAGUGUGAGUUACAGUUAUUCAAAGUUUUCAUUGGCAAUCUUCAAAACAAAGAGUUUUGUCUUCCUCAUUGAGAUUGAAAAGAACCUUCUAAUGAAAAGGGAGUUCAAUUUUUUUAUUUCUUCUUAUCAUGUACAGCAAUCUAUUUUGUAAACCUCUUGAAGUAAUGCUUUUUCCUAGGAAGUUAACACAGGAAGGUAGUGUGAGGUAAGCAUUUUAAUAUAUUCAAGAAGUUAGGAUUUUUUGGACGAGUCUAAUAUUUUAGGGAAUGUUAAUCUAAAGGGAAACUUUGUGUGUGUCGUUAAUUUAAAACCAUAACAGCAUAAUUUUUAGCAUCGUUUAUCAUUAUCACUUCUGUUUACUGCAGGGAAGACAGCAAUGACAUCAAUUCCACAAAUGCCAGCGUUUGUAUUCUUUUUUAUUUUUUAUUUUACAACUUUGUCAUUUAAAGUUGCAGACAACAACUCUUUGAGGGGAACAGAGGGAGGCGAGCGAGUGCUUGGCCUGCAAAGUGUAAAGCUCUUGAGGAGCAGGCCUGUGGCUCUCCUGCUUUAAGAGAGCUGAAAGGCAAGCUGUUCCCAACAAAGACAGCACUACACAUCCUCUUAAUGCUUUAUGCCGAAAAAAAAAGAGUUCUUCUGCCUGUAUCCCCAUGAGAUGAACGGGAGUGGAUUAAUCACUGCUCUCCUGAGCAGCUGCCAAAAUGUACAAUAAAUAUCAAAACUUCUUUCCUGCUCAUUUUCUGAGUCUCGAUAUGAACUGCUAACAAUUUUAAGUUAAAGCACAUGAAGUUUUAUAUGCUGCAACAGGAAAGGUGGUAUCAAAGAGUUUUAAAGCAUCUUUCAUAUGAAGCUUCUUGUCCAAACUCUUACCAAGGCUCAUGAAUCUAUGCAGAACAGCUUCUGCAUAAAAGCUUAGAUUUGCUGCAUGAAGUUUUUAACAUAUGAACUCUAUAUUUUUACAUUUUAAAAAACUGUUACAUUAUGUACUUGAAAGUAGCUUGCAGGCAAAACAUCAUCGUCCAAUACUUAAGGCUGGCAUAACCUUAAUCCUCAUACAAAUUUAAAUGUAAGAUACAGAAGAGGGAUAUAUGCUACCAGCCAAAAAUGUUUUUCAUGAUUGUUAUAGAUUAAUGUUUGUAUAUAGAGACAGUUUAGAAGAGAAAUAGCAUUUUUUUUUUAAUAUUUCAAGAAAAUGUCUGCUUUUCCUUUUCAGUAAAUAUUGUAUUAAGGUUCCUAUAUUUGUUUAAGUUUAUCCAGUUCCCUCUAUAACUUUAAUGUCUGAUAUUUACCCUUUAGGAAGGGAAAAUAUUACCCAAGUUAUUCCUUGAUGACAGAAUGAUGCUUGUGUAUUGCUAUUGAGUACCCUAUUACUAUUCUGUUACUUGCAUUUAUUUGCUUUUUUUUCUCCAUGUUCACUCUGACCUAUAUAUUUUCAGAUUUGUUUCCGCAUGCUUUGCCACUUCCCAUGUUUAUAUUUUUACCUGUCUUUCCUCACUCACAUUGAUGGUAUAAGAAGCUGUAUUAAAAGUGUCAAAAUUAUCUUAAAUCUUACAGCUGAUGUUGUUUUCCCGGGAACUCAGGUUACCAUCUCGUAGCAUUACUGAAAUCAGGUUCUGUGAAUGUAAAGGGUCAUAAAUUUGGUUACUUUUAUGGACUGAAUUCACUGCUAGUUCCUUGUUACCUCUAUUUCACAUAUUCAUUGCAACCUACAUCUCAGUUGUGUUCUUGUAUCUUUCCCUAUGAAUGCCUCACACAGCCCCAUUACAUCUAAGGGAAAAGAUAACUUAAUACAACAUUUACUUAUAUUUCUUUAUGUAAUGCUGAGUUUCCAUGUAUAGAAACUUCAGGGAAAUGCACACACCUUAUAUCAACACUCUAUGUUGAACCGAUCUGUACUGGACAGCUGUGAAUAGAAUAUGCAUUCCAAUUGUUCAGAUAUCCUAGAGGAAAGCUCUUCAAAUAAAAUAAUUACAUAUUGUAGAUUCGUGUGCAAAUAAAGUGCUUUGGAGACUGAGGAAUUUAUAGAGAAAAGUAGCAAGAACUUCACUGCCAAAAUGACCAAGGAAAUUUAUGGCUAAACACAGGCAUGGAAAGUGGUGGGUUUUGCUGAAAUCUGUCAUAUAACACAGGCAUUGAAUUUUUUUUUUUUGUAUUAUGUGUAUUAUCAGCCCUUCCUCUCUAAAACACUUCUGACAGGAUUUGUCUCCUUAAUCUUAACAAAUGCAGUAGGUAGAGCAAUACUGAUCUUUAUUAUAAAUAUAUGUAUAUCUAUGCUUUAGUAAUUCUUAAAGAGGUACUUGAUUAGUAUGCAAAUAUGUUCAGGUUAUCAGUCUAAAGCAUUUUCUGUUGGGAGUUUGUUGAUUAACAUUUUGUUAUAUGAGUUUUUGUAGGAAUUUCUUCUCCAAAUUAUGUUUGUGUUUCAAUCCAUUGCUCAGUGCAUUGCUUGGAGAUGGGGGCAGGAGGAAGAAGUUUCAGGGGAAACUGUUAGGAUUAGAUCAAGUGCAUGUAAUUCUGAAAAUUCAUACUGAUCAAAAAACCUACCUAAAACCUAAGUAAAAAAAGUACCAAAUGGAUUUUAAAAACAGUUUUCAUUUUGCUUUGCUUGCUUUUAUUUUAAGCCUUGGGUGAAGAAUAAAGGCAUUGACGCACUGAACAAUAAAUUAUCUUGGCCAUUCUUUUUGGUUGCAGGUACUGAGUGACUGGUUUUUAUCAUUACUUUGGUUGCUUUUAAAGCUUCCUACUUCCACUCUCUUUAAUAGCCAGAUUGUAUCUCCAGAUACUUUUUCCAAUUGACAAAGCAGGAUGGGAAGAUAAAGUAAGGGAGGGGUUUGAAGGCAAAAGAGAGUUAAUUACUUCCUGCAACUCCCAGGUUCCUCGUAUACCGCUUAAGAUAUUCAGCACUUUUCAGUGUGCCUUUUAAGUUUUAUGUUUAAAAUAGCAAAGAAGUAGAUUUUAAAGAUAAGAAUGGUGUCAUUAGGGAACCCAGAAGUCAUAUAAAGUUAGAAGGACAACUCAAAGAAGCUUUCACCUUUAACUCAGUCCAUAUUCUGCAGUCCAAGUAAUACGAGUGAUGUAUACAAAUCAAGAACUGUAUAUAGAUGAUUAAAUGCAGUGGCUGGUGAAUGUCCUGGAAAUACAUGGAAGCCCUUUGCCAAUAUCAGCAAUGCACUGUUAAAAAUAAAACUACAUUGAGGUGAAAUACAUGAUGGCAGAGCAAAAAUGCUAAAGGAGUUAGAAUUGCAGUAAGGAAAAAGGAAAUGCUGUUCUUGUCUUUCGUUUUCACCCAUCAUUUCUGCAGAUGUAAGGAACGUCUCCAAACCUUUUUGUCAAUUGCUAUGCAGAAAUGCUAAGGAAAAGUAAAAAUCAAAUCGUGCUUUAUGAAAGCUUGUUUGUAUUCGACAUUGAUAGGUCUUCAGAUUUUAUGCAAGGUGAAAACCUGAGAUUUUGCUGUAGCUUUCAUUCAAACUAUUAAUAUUUCUUAACCACUUUUAUAUUAAUACCUGAGAUCAGGGGACGUUUCUCAGCUGUUUUGGUCUCCCUCCCUGAAACACACCCCGAUGUCAGAGCGGGGCAUGGCUCCCACCCCUUUCGCCCAUUUGACAUGUAUUGCUGAAAUGGUCAGGGUAAAACAAAUAUUAUAGACUGGGCAUCAGCAAGAAUUUUUUUUGCAGGUCAGAUUAGUGGGAACCUCUAAAUACUGUUUCAAGUUUAUACAAUGAAAGGAUUUCAGAAAAGCAUCUGUCAGGAUUUUGUGUUAUAGCCAGGACAUACUGGAGCUGCCUUUAGAGCUUACUUUGGUUCCUGAAUUUCUGGUGUGAUAUUUCACUCUGAGUGAGACAGAAUGCUGCCCUGGUUGAAUUUUUUGUGUUUAUAUUAACUUUGCAUCAAGGAAAGGCAAUGCACCUACAUUGGAGAGAUACAAUUUUAAUUGCUUUGAAGUAUAAAUAUUAAACAAUAUACAAAAUAAAAAUGAUUAUAGGCAUAUAUAAAUAUAUCAUUAUUGGCUUGUACUUAGUUUUAAAUUGUUUCUGCUGGCAAAGAGAGCUCUGUGGUAAAAAAAAAAAUGUACAGGCUGUUCAGUUUCUCCAGCUCCAUUUUUCACACUUUUUCUACUUCCCUGCAGACACGAUCUGAAAGCUAAAAAUUAACCUAAAAACCAUGGCACAUCAUUUUUUAUUAACUUGAAAUCAGUUUCUCUAUAAAGCUGUACGAAGCACAUUAUUGUCACUAUUUUGGCCUCAUUUGCCUUGGUGAAUGGACAGCUUGAUCUUGAAGUGAUGUUGUCUUAAAGUAAGUAUUAUUAUCACAACAAGGUCGUUGGGUUAAAAUUCUUUCAUACAUUUUCCUAUUACAGGCUCUUUUGAAGGUGUGUUUGAGGGAUUCUACUUGUCUGUUUUAUCUAACCAGAGAGUAGCAUGGUAAAAGGGCCGCAGAUAUCACUAAAGGUGCCCUUUUUGCUCAUAAACAUUUUACUGUACAUACUGAAGCACACUUUUUUGCUUUGUAUUUUCUUAAAAUUACUUACUGCCCCAAAGGAAAUGCCUAAAUGGGCAUUCUGUGUGAUGUUUUUCUUAUAUAUGUAAAAUCAUUUUAUUUUGUCUGAAUUAUCAUCUAAGUUUACUUUUUAAUUCCUGAGGGUUAUCAGAUGAUCAUUAAAUCUUGAUUUUCUGUCAGGAAGAAUUAAUAAUCUUGACUUCUGAGUUAAUUUAGAAGCAAUAGGGGAUUGGAGUCAAAUAUUUGAAUACCAUUCCAGUGUUAAAUCAGUUAUUCAUGUCUCAACUCUAGGCUGACUGGUAGAUAAAAAAUAAAUUCAAUUAAUAAAUCCUUCUUUGCAUCUUUUUCCACCUCCUCCCCCUCAGCUGGGUUAAAAAUGCACAUGAUUUCUGUUGGGAUUGCUGUUUGGGUGUCCUGUCUUUAGAACAUCUUUUCAUACGAGUUCUAAUAAAGAACUUAUGUAGUCCUAUGUGUAGAUCAAAUAUAAUGCUAUGUUAAAGUUUAAAAUAUAUUCAGUAGAAUAAAAUAAAAGUUGGUUUCUGAUUGAAUUGAAUUCGUCAACUUUAUUUUAAAGGAAAGAUAAAGGAUUUACUUUCAUAUUCUAACACUACCUCACAAGGAACAGCCACGUAACUAUAGAUCCAGUGUUUCUUAUUAUCUAUGACAAUAUUUUGGUUGAGUAGAUACAUUUUAACUCCUCAAUCACAAGAACCUCUGAGAGAAAAAAACAAUUAAGCUGCAAACAUUUAAGAGAUUUUCAUAUUCAGUUUCACGUUUUAUGUACUUUUAUGUCUAAGUAUCAAUGAAUAUAGAGCCAUGUUGUCCCUGCACCUUAUAGUCUCUUGUAGCGACAGGCCAGACUGCUCUUGUUGACACAGUGUGGUCACCCCCCAUGGAUCAUGGCUUUACAAGAGGUAGUUUUAUUCUCUGCUUUCUUUCUUCUCUUUAUUUAACUUGUGUGUGCUGCUACACCCCACUUAAUGUCCUAUCUCUAUACAUAAAAUAUAUUGCAUACAUUGUAAAUGUACAUAUAUAGUACACAUGAUAACAAGCAGGUUUACUAGAAGCUGCAGGAAUGUGUUUAGUCAAAAGGUUGAAACCAUGCUGGUUUACUGUUAUAAAAGUUAGCUUAUAUAGCUCAUUUUGCUUUCCUGCUGAUAAUGCAUAGGCUUUCUAUUUAAAAUAAUAUUUAUACUUUCCAGAACAAAAGCUAUUUUUAAUAAUGUUUUGUUAGUUUCAUGACUUUUUUUCUGUUAUGCCUUUCAGAUAAAGGGCACAAAAUCUCAAUAGACAAAUAUUGUUUGUGUGGGAGCAGGACAAUUUGAUGUAGUUUCACCUCAGAUCAGUUCGUUUGCAUUCCAGGCAGGACUCAUUAGGGUUUUGACAUCCAUGUAUAUUCAAACUUUGUGGGCAUAUCAGAUGACAGCAUAUUACUCUUUUGUACCUUUUGGUAAUUCCUGUCUUCAGUUCUGUUUCAGACAUAAUUCUACUGUAAACAAGGGUUUUCUUUGCAGAUGCAGUUUUCAGUGGUGACUGAAAGUUAUACAACAACUGAAAGCAGAAUCGAAAAGAUUAUUACAACAGUUUUAGGCAAAAUAAUUUACCAGAUCCUGGAAACUGCCCUAUAAGGUUAGCAUAUGUCACAUAUUUACAGUGAAGUAAAGCUGAAAUUACUUGUGCUUCAUGUUUUCAGACCAUGUAGACUAGAGAGCCAUCUGUCAAUCAAUCCUGUCCUUACAGAUACAGUCUUCGCUAUAAUAAGGCCAUAAAAAGUAACCAAAAAAAGUGUCACCAAAAAACCCCACCACACCAACACCCUGUACAGGUUUCACAUAGCAGAAAUCUGUUUUCUCUUGGUGUUUCACAGACAAGUCAGUGCUGUAUUUUUUUUCCUUUGGUUUCUUUUUACUUCUUAAUUUCCUUCUGUUUCCCAUGCUGACUUUUCUCAGUUACGUGUCAUUUUUCCUGUGGUAUGCAACAUAUAGAAAUCUCAGUGGCAUCUCAAGAAUUUGUGAAAAGUUGCUGUUCUUCUUGGUAUAUUCUUAUUUGCUGUUAGAGCAGAUUCUGUCAGUAUUUUGUUUUGUUGGUCAAAUACAUCAGAAAUUGAGGCAUAAUUAAAUUAAGGAAGGAUAACUAAGAUUUCUCAGUCUUCCACUUUUUUCCUGCCUUCCGUUAUUACCCCUGCACAGCUUCCUUGCUGGGCUUUUAGUGCAAGGUGUUGGGAGACAAUCUCAGGAGCUGCUUCUUUCUUUACUUUUACCUAAUCCAGGGAGGCUGUUCUCCCCACUGCAGCCCUGACUCGAGUCCCUUGGGCUGUCUGUGGCAUGGACAGAUGUUUGAUGACAUAUUCAAGAGUCUUGGUCCAUGUGUUCAUUGCAUCUGCAUCUGGAUGCGUAGUGUUCCUCUGGGCAAUAUGAACAGAAACCCAGAGACACAAGCCAGAAGUGACCUGGCUUAUGCUCUACUGGGUGCCUCAAAUGGAAUGAGUAGGGAACCUCGCUGAGGGAUGCACCUGCUCCGCAACACCGGUGUGGAGUUGUACCUAACUAUGGCUGUUGUAGUUAUGAAUAAGUUAGUAGCAAUAUUUUACAUCUAUUAAAUUGCGAACCAUUACGGAUAGUUUUGUGCAGUCAGGAAUUCAUCAGGCAGCAGGAGUCCUAGUUCUACCAUAUCUUAUCACUGAGUCCUCUGAGAGCAGUGAAGAUCCCCUAUCUCUAACUUUUGUUUAUUUUUGCAAUAUAUGCUUUAGCCUGUAGGCAUAUGUUAACUAUUUUAAGAACGAAGCUAAAUAAUAGAUGUUAAUUUAUUUUAAUUAUGUACAGCUAGUUAGGAAGAAGCUUCACUGAAGAGUUCUGGCUUAAGCUUUGAACAGAUUAGAAAAGAUAAAUUGGCAAAACCCCCUUUUCCUAUUUGAAAAAUAUUUCUGCAACCAGAGCCUUGGCAUUUAGAACUGCUAAGAGUGUGGAUGAAAAUACUAAUGACAAGCCAAAAAUAACUGCUGUUAAUACUUAUUUCUGAAGCCCUGAAAUGUGCUUGCCAAGAGUUGGGGAGUUGAUAGGGUGUGAGAAAGGUUUGGAAGGGCUUUUGGAAAUCAUCUAGUGCAGCUUCCUGCUUGAAGCAGGAAUAUCACCACACUAGAAGGAAUCAACUGUGAUUUGUCAAACCAAGUCCUAAAAACCUGUAGAACCUCCUGGGUAACCCAUUUUAGUGUUGCCCUGCGUUACUAGUGUGGAAAUCUUUUUCCUAACAUUUAAGCUGCAGGUUUGGACUGCUGUCUCUUGCUUUACAUUCUGCCGUGACCAAGAAGCAUUUGACUCAGGUUUUGUGAUGCGCCUUCAGGCAGCUGCAGAUCCCUCCUUGGCCCUUCUCUGCACAAGAGCAAACAAGCCCAACUCCUUCAGCCUCCUUAUAGUUCAUGUGAACAGUCAUCUCACAGAUCAUCUGAAAGAAAAAGCAAAUUGAAUUUUCAUCCUUUCAUAAGGAAGAAAUAUAAAGGCUGUGUGGUACAAAUUAAUUUGGCUUUUUGUACAAAAGGUAUUGCAAAGGCAGGGGAUUGGAGGUGUAAGAAUAAAUUAUUUUAGUGUAUUAUUUGAAUAUGAUCAAUAUUAGUAUUAUAGAUAAAAUUUAAAUCCUGUAGAAUAAGACUUAAUGUUUAGUUACAUCAGUUGUCAACUAUAGGUGGGGAGAUCUUUAAUUGCAUGAAGCCAGACUGGAUGAUUAAGCAAUUUUCUGAGUAAAAGAAGGAAAGACAGCUUAACCACUGACCAAACUACUAGGAUUAGAUCCAGAAUAUCUGGGGCUAAGCAGUGUGCUUAAAUACUGACUCUGUAUUUGACCUUGUAUUUUUUAAAGAUACCUAAAGUUGACUUAUCCUUUUCAAAAAUGUUUUGGGAAAAGUAUUUAAAAUUGUUCAUUAGUCCAUUUCAGUGUUUUUUUGAAGAAAAAUAGGUUUGGGUCUUCAUUUAGUCAGUUUAUUGUAAUUUCAUUUGAGUGUUAUUUUUAGGAUUUUUUGAGAACAUUUUCAGACCUGUAUUUUUUUUAUUCAAAUUUCAUAUGGCAAAGUUUUUUUGAAUGGCCUACUAUGAGAGCAUUCUUAAGGAAGAAUGAAAAUUUACAACUAGUUUGAAAGUGAUUUGCUCAUAGUGUCUUUAAACUUCAAAAUCAUAAUUGUUUUCAUAUGUUGAUCAUUAGUUAAAAGACUACAUGUGAACAGUAACAUAGAUGAUGAUAACUUUUACUAGUUUAUUAUAAAGCAUAUGAAUUUCCAGACAUUGUACAGGUAGUCAUUACCUAUGUUGUAAAUAAAAAUCAGAAGUCUUGGAUAUCAGUUAUUUAGAUUAACUAUUAUAUAUUUUUUUCUAGUGAGACUUUGCAUAUUGAAUGAAAUAAUAAAUAGUUUCUUCAAAGCAAUUAAGGCAUUUUUAUUUAAGGUGCCUUCUGUGAACAGUCUUGUAAUCAUCUGUAUGGGAUAUCAGAGAAGAAAAGGGGAUGAUUUGGGGUUUUUUUUUGAGAGGCAAUUUGUGACUUGAAAAGUUUUCAUAGUCCUUUUGCUGGACUGCCAGGCAAUUGCAUCAGUCACAUCAAACAGCUGUGACUGAACAUACGCUGAUCACGAUGCAGAGUGACCUUUCAGUUUGCUCAUCAUUAAACUGAAGUUACUAGACCUUUCAGCCUGGUGUGGGUUUUUUUUCAAGGCACCCUGCUGUACUUUUCCUGUUUAAACUCUUGAAUCAUUACCUAUCUUAAGGAUCUACUGUACCCUGAAGGUAUUGUGACAUUUUACUAAUUCUUUCCCCUGGACUUUCUAGACAUUACGGCUGUGUCACACUGGGCUGGACUUGAAGUACAUAAGGCUUGUUUUUGAACUCUAAGUCAAAACAAACACAAUGUAUCAAAUUGCAGUUAGCACUUGGACUCUUUUUUACAGUUUCUACAUCUGUGCUGUUCAAAGAGCAUUUAAAUGCAUUCUUGUCAAAAAUGUAAAAAGGGGAUAUGAAAACACAUACUUCAGAGCAGUUAUCGUCCUCAUUGAUUUUUCUUCCCCUUCUGUAUUGUAGAUAUUAUUUUUGGCCCUUUGCAAGCAUGCUGUUUUAUGAAAUACAUAUUUGCCUUAAACUGCAGUUAGUAGUACCUUUGGAAUACAAGUGGCAAGAUUUGCAUACCUAGUGAGAAAAAUCUUUGCACCAAAUUGUGUAUUAAAGAUUUUGAAAAUAAUUCAUUUGUAGUUUGCUUUUCCAUUUCUGCAGUGUAGAAUAUUCCAGAAUCACAGAUAUGAAUUUCACAAAAAUUAAAAAGAAUGUUUUUUAAGGUUCUCAUCCCUACAUCUGUGGAGUUGACUUUCUCUAUCCAAAGCCUGGCUAACUUGCAAGUCAGGUUGUUAAGCUGAAAUUUAGGCUGUCUUUUGUCUACUAUUGGUUUCUUUUGCUAUUUUUAAUUUAAAUAUUACAUUAGAAAACAUGGGAAGUUUGCUAAUUGAUUUUUUCAUUCAACAUAAACAGGUGAUAAGGUAGUUUCAGAGCCUCAAAAUAUCAUUUGUUCUUUAAGUUCACAUCGCCUCCUUGAGUAUCUAGUGCAAGAGAAGCACUUGGAUAUCAAGAAUUAUCAUCAGUGUUCAGCAAAGUCUCAGUCCUGUUUUGUAGAGAGUGCUGUGUAGAACAUCUAGUUAAAGAGAAUACAAACAAAAAAGAUAAUGUGUCUUUUGAUCAGAAGUUUAAUUCAACAAAACAGACUUUGCAUUGUGUGUUUGAAAUCUGAUUCACUCUGCUUCUGGUGGACAAUGGACAAGCUGUUCAUGAUUUUUGUUGCUUUGGCUUUAGAAAUGAAAAGGAAAUGCAUGGAACAGGUGGGUGGUGGCUAAAAGGCUGCACUGUCUAGUGAAUUGCAAAUAGGUGUAAACUGUUAACACACUAACACUUUGUUAUUUGUAAAGAUGAAACUAGUUCAAGCAUGAAAAAAUAUUCCCUCAAAUGGAAUUGAAGGAGCUUGUAGUUAAAACUGUUUGCAUACAGCAAAACAUAAUUCUAAAGGACAUUGCCAGCUUUGGGAAAAAAAAAAAAACAAACUGAUGGAUUAAUGUUAUUUUGGUGGCAUUAAGGAUGUAUUUUUCUAAUCACUUUAUCUGGCAGCAAAAUCUGUAUAGGUUUCUAUUCUCUCCCACUCCAGACCGAGGCUCCUGGCUUUCUUCACUUCCACCAAAAUUCAUAAUUUGCUUGUUUGUUUGGGAAACCUAGUUUGGGAGUGGUACUGUAAACUAGGUUUCUAAAAGGGGAAAAAAAAAGUUGAAAAGAAAAAUAAUGUUUCUUUUGUGGCAUAAAAAUUACUUUGAAGGCUAGAAGACAUCUAAGAGGAGACAUGGGAUUCUAAGUUCUAUUCCAUGUGACAGUAAAGAUUACCUAACAACUUUUAUCCUUAUUAGCAAUCAAGUCCUGUGUGUUUGGAAGAUGCUUAAGGCCAAAGUUUGUCCCUGAAUGACUUGCUCAUUUUUCUGCAAUCUCAGCAGUGACCUGUUCUUGCCUCUUCUGCUGCCUCAUACCCAGCCAGGCUACCCUUGCCCUCCCCUUCCCUUCUGUUGCUUCAGUCUGGAAAAGGGCCAAGAGCAGAAUUUAAAUUCCAAAACCUUCCUAAGCAUCUUUGUAUAAGGUGUCAUUACUGCUUUCCAUCCAGCCCAAGUUACUAUAAAUAUAUUUAUUCAAGCUUUACAUUCACACACAUUGCAUGAGCUAUGGGCUGUUCUCGUGCCACUGCAUCAGGAUAGAUAGAAAGACUGAGUGACUGUCUCUUUUUCUUUGAAGAUACAGAGUAGCAGGGGAAUGGUGUGAUGCUUACCUAAUGUUGUGGGUACCAAUCAAAAUUUUUGGAAGCAAGGCUGUAUAACCAUGUUCUGAAAAUACUUAGAGGGGAAAAGCAGGUAAAAGUGAAGCUGAUUCACCUACAAAUUAAAGCAAAACCAGAUGUAUGGAUAGAGUGGGAUCAGUGUGAGAAAGUUGAUGGAAGACUCCAAAAAGUUUUCAAGAGUUGGUGUAAUAGUUAUGUUGUAUAUUCUGAGAUGAAAAAGGCUGAGAAUGGGAGAGGAGCUUGAAGCAAGCAGGAAGAGCAGUGAGGCUUACCUUGUCACUCCUGCUCAUAGAGGAAGGAAAAGCAUUUGAGAUACUCUUCCCCCCUCCCCCCCCCCCUUUUUUUUUCUGUCUUCAUCACUGCUGGAACCAAGAAAGUAUGUUCUUCUGUAAUGUGAUCAGGUGGGGGAACAUAUUUAACCAGUCCUUUGUUGUAUCAUGUGCUACAGAUUCUUGCUGAUAAAAACAUAAAUAAAUGAGAAAAGCAUCUAGUGAGUUUAUUAGCUGAACAAAAAGGUGAAGUACAGGGUUCCUUAUGGCUAUCUAUGUUACCUAGAAUUUGUGGUAUCUAGCUUGGGCAACAGUUGAGAAAGUACUGAUGAUUUUCGAUUCCUUCCCUGAAUAAAUCUGCUCAGUAGUUCUCAGUUCCUGUUCAUAUUUAAAUAUGCAACUCAUUAUCAGUGCAGAAAUUGGAGUAUGGUAUUGGUGUUAUCUUAAAGAGAAUUUUAACGUAGUGUAGGUUUAGUAUGUCUGGGAAGAAUAACUGAUAGAUAAUGUAUUAAGGAAAUUAAUAACUGACAAUGAAGUCAUAGAAUACAGGAUGGAUUGUGAACAAUUUAUAUGAAGGGGUUUAACUUUCAGAAACAAUGUAGGAAGCAAGUGAGACUUGAAAGCAGAGAACAGCAGUUCUCACUGCUUAGUGCAACUGGAGAAGUGUAUGAUAUUUUUCCAACACAGUAUAGCUGGAGUUCUUCAGAGAGCAAGAGGGGCAGUAAAGCCUUAGAGAAGCCAGACUGCAUGGCAGAAGUCAGCAACCAGGUAGGUGUCCAUGAACAGCAGUUCUGUAUUAUCUUAAUUAAGAUUAGGUGACCUGAUAAACUUGUAUAAUGGUAAAAGGGGCAGGGAGGAGUCUGUUUAAAUAAGAUCUCCAGGAAAACAGGCUGUAGACUAUUGCCAGAAACUUUUUGGAUGAGUGUAUUAUUUAAAUGAAGGUGGUCUUGCCUGAAGUUAUGAGAGACUAAUUUUCUGGUGUAGUCAGCACAUUAAAAUAAUUUUGCUUUCUUAGCGUUCAUGUAUGUAAACAUGUUUUUAUUCAUAUUAUGAGUGUUGGCAUUAACUAUUUUUGAACCAAAAUAAUAGUUAAAAUCUCAUGGAAAAAUACUUCUUGUUUAACUUGUUCAUCUGUUACCUAGCUUUGAAUUGUAGCGUAAGUUAAUUUCAACUAAAAGUCAGCAUACAAACAUUUAACAAAAUAUUUCAAAAGAUUUGUAAGCAAAACUAAUUUUUAUCACUACCUGAAAAAACAAUGACUGUCAUUGUGAACCUUGACAUUGCUUGGUAAUUUCCUAACAGUUUAAAACUCUGCUAUUGAGAGGUUGAAAGAUGCAAAUUAGUGUUUCAUUUUUGACAUUUGUCCAAAGAGUGCAACACUUGUGAGUUGUAACAAGGUAUCAUCUGUUAAUUGGUGACCUCAAGAGCAUUCUUGGUAGAAAUAGCGGGCUGAAGGAAUCUCAGUCAGUUAGAAGAGCUUAACUUCUUUUUAGGUCUAUGUUGUUAAUUUUUCUUUAAAGUCAAGUGAUAUUGUUAUUUAAUGCUUCUAGAACUUGCAUCGCAAACUUGUUACAUAUUCUUGUUACUAAAUAGGAUGUAUUCUUUAGUGUCUGUCAAACCAGACCUGGUCUUGCUUUUAAUAUAGAUUAUAACAACUUUUUAGGGCCCCCCCAUAAAACAGUCUAUCAGCACUGUGAUAGGUCAUUGUUUAGUAAAGGAAAGGUUUGUAAUUAUGCAUCGUUGGCAUGUUAGUUUUUGCAAAAGGGCUUCUAAGGCAGUCCCCACAUAUCAGUAGGGCCUUAGGGACCAUCCCAGUCACAGGUGUGGUGCUGUAAUGACGGGCUCCCCCUGCCCUUAUUCCUCUGAGCUCCUCGCUAUACGUCAGAAGGAACCACGUUGAUGGGGAAGGGAUAUGCUGGCAGAUUUUGCAAGCAAAAUAGAUCAGGAUUGGGGUUUCUACUGGCCUGAGUUGUGAGUGAAAUAGAACAGGAAACCUUAGAAAAUGACACUCCUCAGAUACAAGUAGUAAAAAUAAUAAAUAAUAAAUAAAAUAAUAAAUAGACACUAUGUUGAGCUCUCUCACAGUAUUAACUGCUUCUGUAGUUUUUUUCUUUAUGUGAACAUAAAGGGUCAAAUUCUGCCUUACGUGAGCACUGAGGUCUCAGGUUAAAUCAUAAGGGAGCUGUCUGUGCUCAGUCAAGAAAGAAAUUAAACUCCUAAGUUCCUAAAUGUUAUUAAACUGUACCUCAGAGUCUGUCACGUAGAAUCUAAAUUACUUUCUUAUAUUAAUUCUUUUAAUAAGCAACCAUUUCACAUGCACAUAACCUGCAUAUGCCUUCGUUACAGCUAAUUUAUAGUAAAAGUCACAUACAGUAUCUAGUUAUUCGCACUUGGGGUGUGUUGAAGUAACAGGUAGUGAUGAAAUCAUCUUGCCAGGCUCAGACAGGAGUUUUUCUUUAAUGUUAUGUGAUGAAGGUGCAGAUGGGCAUGGAAGACUGCAGCCUGUGCCAGCCGGUCAUAUAAGAGUGAUGUAGUUUUAAGUUUUCUCAUAGCAUAUUCAAUUCCAUUUAAAUAUUGCAAAAUGCUGAAUUGUAAAUGUUAACCUAGCCAUGAAUAAAAAAUGCUGAUAUUUUAUUUAAUCAAAAAAUAAUUAUAGAUAGUCUGCCUUUAUUGUAUUAUUUAAAAUAUUUCAUUUUACAUGUAGACGACAAGUUAUUGCAGAAUGGGUUUUUUAUAUAUAUAAAGGGAAUUUGUUUCUGAUACAUAAAAAAUACAGGAGCCAGACUUCUGCAGGCUACAGGGAAAAUUGUUUGCUUUUGACAAGGGCUGUCAGUUCUUGGGAUGUGGAGAAAAAACUAUGGUAGCCAGUUUACAUGAAACAGCAGAAAAUACUUGCUUUUCAGGAGAGUUAUUUAACUCCUGUUCUGAAAUAAAUUCCUGUAUGGAAAAGAGAGCUUUCUCCUUUUCCCCUGUCUUUGAAAUCAUCACUUUCAUAUUCUAUGCAAAGAAGAAAACAUCUGUGCAUGGGAGAUGUAACUUCCAGUAUUUAAACUGCUAACAGAUAAAACUGAGCAUGGAAUGGGGUGAUCUUACCGAGGCCAGUGCGUUCCUAUGACACUCUUUAAUAAAAUAUUGUAAGAAAUAGCUAGAAAGCUUCGCCUUUGACUUUCAUCUGGUAGGUUUUGAUUGUAACUUUGUAAAGGAAUUGGUAUUGACUUCUAUCAGGCAGUUUUGGAGAAGAGGUGAAGAGCCUUUUCUCUUGACUUUCUGUAUGUUUUGUCAAAUCGAAUACUUCCAUUUGAAGUGCGAAGUGAAGGCUGAUGUCAAGAAAUGCCUUCAGCACAAGCUGGUGCUGGUCUCUCGUGACUUUCUUCUUUCUUAAAAGUAUCAGAUUAGAUUGUAAAAUGAUGGCAAUCUAGCUGGACAUAAACAUGUUUAUUGCAGGCUCAGCAGCCAUUACGUAUCAUUAGUGAAAGGAGGCAAGGGGCAAGGGGACCACUUUGAUGUCAGUUUGAUUCGUUUUAAGGACAAAUGCAUUCCGAUGAAAAGAUGCUAACUUCAUGGCUGCUUGUGUACUUGAAGUUCAGAACCUAUUACUGUCUUUAUUUCUUUGUCCUGUUCGUAACCUUACAGUCAACUUACUUUCAAAACAAAUACACAUUGUAAGAGCAGUAGUGUUAAUAGGGGAGCUGGGAAUAGGACAUUUUGGAAGCCAUUUUAAAUUACAUUAUUUACGAAGAGGAUGGUUUAUUAACAUCAGACCAAAUCUGUUCAAAAUGUGGAUACAUAUUUUUGCAAUAUUACACACUUUUCCUUAACAGUAAAAUAGUAGGUACAAUUGAAAUAGGUAAACACAUCUUUCAGCAAGUCUGUCCUCUCUGACACGGAAGGGGUUUUAUCAGAGGAUCUAAUUUUACUUUUGGAGAACUGCUAAUAGUGUGUGUGUAGCCAUGAAAGGAGAGAGACAUUUUCUGUGUUUUGAGGUUUGAGCUUUUUCCUUACUGAAGCAGACCUAGUUUAUUUACUGCAAUUUGUUUCACCCUCUGAUUCAAGAGAUAUAUCUUUUGUGCUGUACAUGAGUUGCAAUAAAGGUUACAAAUUAGAAGUUCAAGGGAAAAUAUCUGAAUAAAUGUUGUUUUAUUGCAGUGAGUCUAUCUUUCUGUUUCUUUACUACUGUUACUUAGACCUGACCUUCUUCCAGGAUUUGACACAUCACACCACACAUCUUGUUCUUUUUUGUGUGUGUUAUUUUGAGGUACUUUCAGUUGUCUCAUUUAGUUUGAAACAAAUCAUAUGUUCAUGUCUUAAAUAUUUCACUAGUCGGAAUAAUUAAUUUGAUCAGGUCUGGGAGCAUUGGAAGGAAAAUGGGUCACUGAAGCAUUCAAGCUCUAAUGGGAACCUGAGUUCAUUCAGAUAUCAAAUCUAAUAAUUGCUUUACACCUGUAUACACAGUCCCAGCGAGCAAGUUCAUAUUAAAGGUUUAGUGGUACACUAAAUACUCUGUUUCAAGGGAAUUUUAGUACUCUUUUUAAAAAGACUAAGUUGUUUUGACUUUUUUCGACUUUGUUGUUGUCGUUGUGUUUGUGUAUCAGUUGUAGUUUAGCUGAUGACUCAUCUUUAUGCACUGGAAAAUAUUUUCGCAUGAGAAUUUCAUACUAGAGGUAUGAUAUGAGUAAUGCCUUACAAAUCGCAUUUAAUAGCAAUCAGGAAAAAUACGAAGGCUACCAUCUGAGUUUCACUGCUUUGAAACAAUUUAUUAGCCAGGUUAGAAUUUACUGUGUACAAUUUAACAGUGUUCUAAGUCUGAAACUCUGAGUUUAUAAAUGGUUGUGUGUGUAGCACAGCAUAAGGAUUGCGGACAUACUCAUAGCCAUUGCUCCUUGAAAAACGCAAUUUCAUAAGGUAAAAAUCAGCAUUGUUUUGUGAGAUUGUGUAACAAAUGAAACAAUAAUUAUAACUUCUCAGUUUAACUAAAUUCUGUGACAAAUCUGCAUUGAAUGUCUGUGGCACAGAUUGUCACAAAAAUUCAAGCAAAUUUCAUCACAAACAAGAGUAAAAAAAUACCGACUAGAGAAAUGACAGCUAUUCAUAGCAGGUUUCAGUGAAUUCCAGACUCAAAUGCUGGUCACAGCGCUGGUUGUUAUUGGAGAGGAUUUGAACUGAUGCAAUCGUUCCUCUUCAUCAUCUUUUUAUUUUCCCACCUUUAUAAGUUUAGUUCUCAGCUGAGAAUUCAAGCUGAAAAAUAAAUGGAAAAUGGCUGUAUAUGUGCCUGCAUUGUACUGACAUGAAGGCCUAUUUUCCUCUGAAAUUUUAAAGGCCAAUUACCCUUGCAGGAAAGGAGAAAAAUAGAUUGAUUUGUCUUGUAACCCCUGAGGCAGGCAAGUCUUGUCUCAAACUGAGGCUUUUCCAUUGCAACUCUUCUGAAAGAGCUUUCAGUGCAUAUCCCAAGUGAUACUAUUAACAAAGAAAGCAAAGUCAAAUUAAAAUAUUAAAUAGAUCAUUUAAAGGUUUGAGGAAUCUUAACUCCCUGAGACAGAUCAGGUUUUGUUGGUUUGGUUUUGGAGGCUUUUUGGGGGGGUGUUUGUGUUUUAGUUUUUUUACUUGUUUGUUUAUUAUUUGCUGGAGUAAGCGAUAGUAAAUUUUAUUUUAAGCAGAUCACUUGAAAAUAGGGUUUAUAAAUCAAUUUUUAUUCUAUAAAUACUUCAAUUUAUUAGAUAUUCUUCAGCUCUAAAUAGGAUAAGUGUUUAUAUCCUUAAUGAAAUUGUGAUACAGACAGUCGCCUCCUAGAUUUUGGUUGCAAAAGUGUUACUUUUAGUGUGUUCCCAUUGACUGUGGUCACAGUUGGAUUGCAGUGAGCUGGUUAAGUGUCAUCACACAUGUCAUUUAACGUUUAAAAUUCUCACAUUAUUCAUUUUUAAAGCAUUUUUGGUAUAACACAUAGAACAUAAGUAGUUUUUCUACUGAUGUUCUGCAUUUUCAUAUGACUCAAAGGCUACAAUUAAUGGUGCCCAGCAAGCUGUGUCUGAGUGACAGCAGGAAGAUUAGACGUGUCUUUGUUCCCUUUUAAUCUGAGUGAAACCCCUUUGUGUCAGGACUUAACUACUUUAACUCUUCAUUUUUCAGACCUGGCCCUCUACUACUGUGCUUUUGGAUAUUAAAAGCUUUUAUUUAGCAAGUUAAAAAGAUUCCAGACAUCUACAUAUCUUGUCAAUGAGGAAUUGUGCAUGUAGGCUGGUCCGGGAACCUUCUUAAAAUGAAGGUACUGUGGGUUAUCUAAGUGACUAACACUUUUGAUGCAAAUAUUUUGAAACAGAGUACGUAUCUACAUACAAAUCUAUCUUACCUGAAGGCUUAUUAUGUUAUGCUGAAAAUGUUGGCACUUGUGACUUUUGCAGAUAGCUCAGGAGAUGUGUGUGUUUCUAUGUUUUUCUGAGGUGGAACCAUGUAGUCUUGAGAGACGUCCUUUUAAGUCUAUCACAAUUCUCUUGAAUGCUUUUUCUUACUAUGCUAGAAAUCUUCUUAAUAGCUGCGCAGGCCCUUUUAUUUUUUCUUCUUCCUUAUUCUAAAACAGUUUCUUAUUCUUCGACACCAUUUCUUACAUGUGAAUAUAUUGGUAAAGAUCCCACUAACCAGGACAAUAACAUAAUUUUUAAAAUAUUAAAAGAUCAGCAUGUGAUGCCUUUAUAAUUAAUGUGUUUGGGCUGGUUUUAUGUGCUAUCUGGUUUUGAGGGCUUAAAAAAAUAACCAAGCAAAAAGUACAAACAAACAAAAAUUACACACCCCAAGAAAAACACCUGCUGUUUCUUUGGCCUAAGGUUAAGUUUCUUUUUCUCCAUCAUAACAAUAUGUACUGUGUAUAUGCUCAGGUUAUGACUCAGCUUUCACAUAAAAGUCUGGGAUUGGACCUAAACUAAAAUAAAACAGACUGUAUAGAAUUUGACCUUCACAGUGACAUGGCUUGCUUGAAGUCUCAAUGUUUUCUUUGAAAUUGAUGCUAAAAUAACCAUUGUGUCUGUCAUUUAAGUUUGAUUGCCAAGAAUUUGACAUUCUGUUUAGUAAAAAAAGCUGAGAACAGGGAUGUCUUGUCACUUGAUCUUUUCUCAUUUUCGAUUACAAAAUUAUCAAAUCCAAAUGAAUGUAAAAUGACACAGUGUGAUGGUUAUAAAGGGUCUGGUUCAGAUUUUGCCAGGCAUGUGUAGGGUGCCUGUUGAGUGUUCAACACAGCAAAAGAUUUAAGGAAAACAUAUAACUGUAUGAUUUCCCCUAACUCAGUUAGAAAACUGUUUUAUUUGCUUGUUUCAUCUAUUUGCAAUAAUGUGCUUUUGGAAAGUGCUGCCUGUUUCAGAGAGUGCUUUCUGAGGUACUAUUUUGGUUGCAUUUCUCUCAUAACUGAUUUUUACCUCUUUGCUAUUUUUUUACAUAGGCCACACAUUUUGAAAGCUCAAUUUGAAAUCAAAUCUCACUGAGAUGGACUGAAUCUUAACAGAAUUGAGGUCAGGAGAGCCAUUUUCUCUCAAGGUGCUAUUUCUCAAAAGGAUUUUCUUCUGGACACCCACAACAGUUUUGAAGCUCUUAAUUUCCUUGAGUAGCUUAUUUCUCAGUUGGUAUUCUCUAAUAAUGUCACAGGUACAGGCCAGGCAACACGGAGAACAGUGUGUUCAGCUGUAGCUGUUAAAGAGGUGCUGGAGAUUGAUGGGCUUCCCUGCUGUUCUACUCUAUACCAGUUCUGCUUCUGUCUUACGUUCUAUCAAUUCCAAUUUCCAAAAAGAUUUACCUUUCAUUGUUGGUAAGCUAAGCUGAUGAAGGUGCAGGCAGUCAAUAAAGAAAAAUAAUGAAGUUAAUUCUUGUCAUGGGUUGCUCUUUAAAGCAAUUGUAAUACGCUGUUACAUAAGUGACAUUGUAACUUGGCUUCAGUUUUCCCUAUGCAGAGAUGGCUCAAUGAGGAAACUACAUACUACCCAAGCUAUAAAGUGGUUUACAUUUAUUCUAGCUUGUCCCAGUUUUAAUCAAUGACACUAUUUUUCUCUGUCAGAAAAAAAAUGACAUUUGUAAAGUGCAAUUCAGAUUUCCACCUUUUCUAAAGGAGAAAUAUUGAUGUCAUCAAUAUCACAGAGGUAGUGUUUGCUCCUUGCAUCUCUUGUGACAGUUUCUCCAUUUAAAACAUUCUUAAAUGACAAGCUUAGUCAUUUUUUGUGUAAUCUUUCCAUGCUAAUAGGAAAUUAUCUUGCUUUUCUGAUUGUUUUCCAUGUUAUAUAUGUUUGUGGUGCUUGCUAAAGUACCUGGGACUGUAUGAGUAUUUUCUCUUGGGUUGCUCAUGAAAGCGAGAUGUGUUUCUGUAGGAUUUCUCAGUGAAGAAAAUUUUACAUGAAUGAAUAGAUAAAUAUUUUAUGUAAAUGCUUUAAUUGAUUCCCAAAGGUAUAGGUCAUACAAAUUCCCUUACAGCAUGCAUUUCUCCAUCUUUUGCAUUAUUUCAAAAACAUGGAAUUUUAAAUAUUUUAUUCAUUGCUGAGUGUUCUACCUUCAUAUAGCCAUUUUCAAGUCAACUCAAGCUGGUAACUUCCUUCUCUGAGCAUUAAACACCUUUUAUUCUUGUCAGCUGUGGGAAGGUUAAUUCUUUCAUCUUGAGGUGGUUAGUCAGGAGGGCAAAAGAGAAGAAGAUCAUUUCAGAGCUCUCCUCACUGGGGUUGUGCCCUCUAGUGUGUGCUCCAGCACAGCAUUCACUAGCUGAGCACGCAGUGCUGUAUUCUGCUCAUCUUCCAAAUUCAACAUUUGGGCACUAUUUUAAGCUCUUAUUAAUAUGAUAAACAUAGCAUCUAUUACUUAAGACAUUAUUUAAAAUACAUGGUGUUCAGGUGUGGAGGUCUUGUGACCACUGUCUUUGAAGGACACCAGGUGGUUCUGGUAGUGCACAUUCCUGAAAUCCCCAGCGUUCUUUUUAGCCCACAUUACUACAUUUAGAUGCUUUGUCUUCUGCCUACACAAUAAUGUUUCAACCUUUUGUUUUUAGAAAAGGGCAAAAAGUAAAUACCUGCACCAGUCAUGUUUGGUUGUUGGUUUCGUGCGGUUUGGUGGUUCUGUUGUUGGGUUUUUUAUGUUAAUCUAGGGGUGCUGCAGUUAUUUACAUUUGGGAGGAAUUUAGGUAGUCUCCUGAUGAGCACUCUAGGAACGUCUUCAUGGAAAUAAGAUUUCAAAAUCACUUUAGUGCUUGAUUUGUCUGCUGUAACUAAGGCACAAAGAAACACUCUUAAUUCUUCAACUCACUGGAAAAAAAAUUAAUCCUGGGGAGGUAGUCAGCUAAGGUGCCAAGCCCAAGGUAGCAGUUUCUAAUACAUUUACAAUUUCAAUGUAAGACAUGUCAGAAUAAAACUUUUUUGGUGGUUUUUACAGGAUAAUACAAAUUCUAAUCAAGUACCUUUGAGGUAUGUUUUUGUAGACUCUGUCUUUUUCUAUUAUCAGAUAUCACAGUCUCAUGACUAGUCCGUUCAAUAGCACAACAUCUAUAUUAUUGCUAGCAUUGAUUGCUCAUAAAAACUAAGGUUUAUAAUUAGGAGAGCACAAAGUUACUACCUGGAAGAGUGGAUAAGAGGAAAGUGAAAUGGAAAAGUCACUUAAUCUUAGUAAUGCGGUUCUGCAAAAUAUAAUUUAUUUUUCCCCUAAUAUAACGGAGUUUUAUGUUGAUAACAAGCUGCUGAGUUAAUAAAUCUGUUGCAGAUAUUGAGACUUCUAUUUUAAUAAUAGAACUAAUGAAGGAGCAUUAAAAAAGGAAAAAUAAAUUUUGCAGAGUGUAUUUUUUUUCAGAAAUAUUUUCCUCUCCCCUACCAAUGUAAUUUCUAAUGCUUUAUAUAUAUAAAGCAUAAGGGAAAACGUCUUAAGGGUGAAGUUGUCGAAUUCCAUAAAAUUAAAAUACAUUGUCUAAAAAUACCAGUCCAGAUUUUUGUUGUUGACUUUGUGGCAUAUUAUUUAUUGUGGUUUUGCUUGUUUUUUUACAUCAGUGGUGAAUGAUGUGUAUGUAUUGAAAGCACCUCUUCACAUGUCUUGUAUGUUGUAGAUAUUAUUUAUUCCUGAGUACUAUGUUGAGUGCAAAAAGACUUGAGCAAGUAAUUACUAUUAUAACAAAGUGCAUGUAUUUCUUCCAGUGGAGGUGUAAAGUUUGCAUGGUCAAAAUUACAUCCCAGUAUUAGAAAUACUAAAAAGGAACUACUGAUUUGAUUUCUCAGUCUUUAAUUGUAUAUUUACUUCAUAUAAAUUUGAUCCAGCUAGCUAAAAGCUGAAGAUUAUUUUAUGAUAUAAAACCAUGCUUUGUUUUCCAUUUUAAUCCGUUGUUGCUCUACCUUUCACUGCUACAAGAAAAGGUCAAUUCAGCUCUUAAUCUAUUUUUAACUUGUACAGUAGGCAUCUUGAAAUUUUAUCAAGAAGUCUAUUGGUGAAGGCACUUCUCCCCACUGAGAGCAGCUAUCACUAGACUCUUUACUAUUCACUGUUAGAGAGGAACAGCAGCACGUUGGAGUUGACAACUCUCCGUCUUGGGUUUUAGACAACAUUUUUGUGCGUUAAUUUCCAGUGCCUAGUGACAUUGCAACUCAUGUAGAGAUUUAUUCCCAUGCAAAACAGAUUGACUUAGGGUAAUUUGAAUACUUUAUGCAUGGAUAGAUUCAUUAGGUAAAGGAGGCAAGGCAGAACUAUAAAAAGAACUAAUAAUCUUGCUAAAGGAGCCAUUAAUUCCCUAUAGCAUUGGAGACACUUUCAUUGAACAGGGAAAAGGAAGGCUGAUUUUGCAGUCUGUGCAGUCUCCACAGGCAUCCUGUCUUCUCUGACCAGAAACAGAUCCCAGAGAUGACUUUCUUUGUCUUCUCCAGACCCUUAUUUGAUGAGCUUGAACUAUUUCUGGCUUUUUUGGCUUAGAAGAGAAUCACAAAAUUAUUGAGGUUGGAAGAGACCUCCGGGGAUCAUCUUGUGUACCCCCUGCUCAAGCGGGGCCACCUGGAGCUGAUUGCCCAGGGCUGUGCCUAGACAGGUUUUGAAUAUCUCUAAGGAUGGACACUCCACAACCUCCCCGGGCAGUUUGUGCCGGUUGUGUCAGGUCCUCUAACCAGACACCAAUGAAAAGACCCCGGCUGUGGUCACUUUGCACCCUCCCUUUAAAUAUUUAUAUAUAAUACAUUGAUGAGACCCCAGAUUGGUCUUUGUUCCAGCCUUUUCACCAGUCUCUGCAACACAGUGAUUUGGUUAGUAGCUUUUCCAAAGAAUAUGUUUCUACCAUCAGACCUGCUGAGGUCUCAUGCUUUAUUCUUGAACCUUCUGCCUUGACCCAAGUUUAGGACUCUGUCCAGCAGUACCAGUAACACAUGCUGUUAUAGUCUGCUAUGCUGGGGAAACAGAUAGAGCUAAAAUGGCUCAUUUGGAAAAAAGCUGAAAAAGACUGCUUGCCUGCAGUUUGCCUGUCAGACUUUUUGCUUCUGAAAUGGCUGUUGUUUUAAAAUGCUCCGGUACUAUAUAGGAGUUCCAGCCAUAGACUGAGACACCCUGAUGCUGCAGCAGUGUAGAUACUGUAGUCAUGCAAACAAAGAACAGCAACCUGAACGUGACAGGAGAGAAUAGAAGAGACCAGGUCCAAAGCAAAGAGUCAUUAAAAAAAAGAAUAAAAAUGAAAAAAACCCCAACAAUAACCAAGUGGCAGGACCAUAUUUUAAAAAAAGAAAGAUCAAAACCUUCACAAAACUAAAUGCAGGUUAGUUUUCCGCUUCUUUUGUAUGUGUGAAUGCGUAUAUUCAUCGCUUUAAAAUUUUAUUUUAAAGGCAUUUAGGAAACUGGCUGGUACUUCAUGAUUGUUUUCCUGUGAUAGAGACAUAUUUAUUAUUCAUUGCAAUAAUUGCUGUGUAAUAUUUUAUACUAGAAGUUGUUCACAUUGCACAAUCAGGAAAUGCUUAGGAAGGGGAUGAUUUAACUGUUCUAAUUUUUACUCUGUACUAAAUUAUAGUGAACAAUGUUAACACUUUUAUACUCGUGACAUUUACUAGGCUUUUCACCACCACACUGGUCAGUGCAUUCUCAUGAAAUAUAUUUUUCCGGAUAUUCUGUGCAUAAGUUGUUUAUAAAGUAAGAUUUUGCCCAGAAUUUUAGUUAUUUUGUGCUGUUUCCGAGGGGACUGUGUUUCAGGAUUCUCCUAAUGCUUUUAUCACUCAGCUUCUCUGAUCAAGAAAGUAAUUUAUUGCUGAUUGCAGAACUCUUGAACUCAGUCUGGCAGCUGCAGUGUGAAACUUCUCUGAUCCAGUCUCCUAGUUCCUUAUUUACAUAUCAUUUGAAAUUAUUUUCAGGACUGUUUGAAAACCUCUUGACAUUGCAUUACCCGUGUUUCAAAUCUUACGGUGAUUUGUUUUUUCUCUCUUU